CUAAUUUAAAUAUUUAUUGAUAGUAGCUGUUCCAAUUAAAAUUUUAGACAUUUGUUUUCAUUUGUUUUUCCAGGUGCCAUAUGAUUGGACACUGAGAAAAUAGAUAUCAACGUUUUUUUUUAAUCUGAUUUGGAAACCACAAGCAAAUUCAGGUAUGUAGUAGCAGGUUGACAAACCUGGGGCUAUUCUGGUGCUUGUAGGCACUCACUGGUUGACUAAUGUAGAUGCAUUAGCCCAUCCAAUUCUUAGGCUGAGAGAGUUAGGCUAACCUGCUUAUAAUACUUAAAGGGACACUCCAGGCUUCAUAACAACCUCAUUGAAAUGACAUUGUUAUGGUGCCAGGAGGUUCCUGGCAUUGGCUCACCUUAAUGGGUUGAACAGUUUAGCCUUAAAGUCUUUGUUCCAGCUUAGAAUCUCUCUGCCUUUUUUUUUUCUUCUUAAAAUCUCUUUACCGGAUGGCUCUUGCAGAAUCAGGCAGCGUCGCUGCUGAUUGGCAGAGAGAGGUCAGCUGAUGUCCUCAACCAAUAAGUGAAUCCCCAUUUAAAAAAAAAAAAAAAAAAAAACUGUCUCGAAAAAGGAACAUUUGUUUUCAAGAGUUUUUUUUGAAUGGGGAUUCACUGAUUAGCUGAGAAUGUCAGCUGACCCCUCUCAACCAACCGCUGUUGCCCGAUUCUGCAAGUACUUUCCGGUUUGGAGCUUUUUAGAAAACUGAAGAGCAGGAAGAUUAGUCACUGUAACAAAGACUUCGGGUUUAAACUGUUUGAGAACAGUUUAUCCCUUAAAGGACCACUAUAGUGCCAGGAAAACAUACUCGUUUUACUGGCACUAUAGUGCCCUGAGGGUGCCCCCACCCUCAGGGUCCCCCUCCCGCCCGGCUCUGGAAGGGGGAAAGGGGUAAAAACGUACCUUUUUCCAGCACUGGUCGGGGCUCUCCUCCUCCGUUCCUCCUCCUGGGCUGAAUGCGCACGCGCGGCAAGAGCUGCGCGCGCAUUCAGCCGGUUGCAUAGGAAAGCGUUAUCAAUGCUUUCCUAUGGACGCUUGCGUGCUCUCACUGUGAAAAUCACAGUGAGAAGCACGCAAGCGCCUCUAGCGACUGUCAAUGAGACAGCCGCUAGAGGCUUUGGGAGAAAGCUUAACCCAUUCGUAAACAUAGCAGUUUCUCUGAAACUGCUAUGUUUAUAAAAUAAUGGGUUAACCCUAGCUGGACCUGGCACCCAGACCACUUCAUUAAGCUGAAAAUGAUGUGAGUGUGUACAAUAAUGUGUGUGUGUGUGUGUGUGUGUGUGUGUGUGUGUGUGUGUGUGUAUUGAUCAGUGUUGCGAUGGCCUCUGCUGGACAGUGGAGGACCUGGAGGUGCAUGGAGGCACGCAACGCCACGUCACAUUCUGACGUGACGUCAACGUGCUCUACCUUCGCAGGUUUUCAAGGAGUAGAGGAGAAUCCGUUUGGCACAGAAUGCGGACGGCGCCAUUUGGGGUAUACCAGAGGCUGGACUCCAGAGUCGCAUAUUGGUAGCGGCAAUGUGAGUGGAGUCUGCUUGUUGGCUAAUAUUGUAUUUUUUUUUUUUAAACAAGGGCUGGGGUUUACUAGAGGGGGUGCUGGUAUUUAGUAUAGAGGGAGGCAGUGGUGUAUUCUGGUUUUGUGCUGCCCUAGGCAGGACAAAACUCAGGCGCCCCCCAACCGCGCGCGACCCCCACCCAUCCCUUCCCCCCCGCCCCCUAAAUACACACACAUAUAUACACACACACACACCUUUUGGGAGUGCUGGGGGUGGAAGGGGUUCUCUAUCUCCCUGGGGGUCCAGUGGCUGCUGGGCGGGCGGCAUUGACGGGCAGGCGGCUGGCGAGGGAGCACUUCAGAGUGAGACUGGGAGCCGGAAUAUGACGUCCUAUUCUGGCUCCCAGCCUCACUCUGCGGCGCGUGAGGGAGCUGAGCAGACCGCUCAGAGGAAGAGCUCCUUCGCCAGCCGCCUGCCCGUCAACGCCGCCCGCCCAGCACAGCAUGUUAGUUAGCCACAAUGCUAACAAGGCAUUUGUCCUGGGCAUUUGGGGGACGGCUUAUUUUGCCGCCCACUGGAAAAUGCAGCCCAAGGCAAAUGCCUUGUAUGCCUCGCGGCUAAAACGUCCCUGGAGGGAGGGGGUGCUGGUAUUUAGUAUAGAGGGGGGACGACUGGGAUUUAGUAGGGGGAAUGCUGUUUAUUUUGUAUACUGUACUUUUCAAAACAAACCUGCGUUUCUAUGAAAAUGUAAGGUUUUGUAUUUUUUUGCGACCCACAUUAACCUAAACCUUGUUUAUGUGGCCAUGCUAGACUCUGGGUUUGACAUGCUUGCCUUAAGGUGAGCCAGUCCCAGGCAUCUCCUGGCACCAUAACGACAUCAUUUCGAUUAAAUUGUUAUAGUGUGCAGUGUCCCUUUGAAAUGCUCCUUUAAAAAUUUCCUUCACAAUGUAAUGUUAAUUGUGUUACUUGCAAAGCUAUGCAAUAUGAAGUUUAGCCCAUCAAGUUCCAAAUCAGUUUUGUUCAGCAUUGUUUUUAUGUACCAGUGAUUCAUUCCAUGUCCCUGUAUCGCCACACAGGGAGUAUAAAUGUUGCCGUUUCCCUUCUAAACACUAGACUUUAAUUUAUAAAAGUGCUACUUUCUAUUGAAAUCUGUACUUUUUGUAAAUUGAAAAAGAGGAUGCACUCUUUACACAUUACGUUUUUACGUUUUUACGUUCCUGUAAAGGGAUAAAUAAUAUUAAAUACCCAAUGAGUGCAGGAUGAAUUACCAUGGUACAGGAGUCAGCAGCAUUCUAUAGCAUACAUCCUGUUGUAGAGGAAUCCAUAUUUUCCUGCUGGAGAAAGCGGACUGCAUGUUUAAAAAAAAAAAAUUAAAAAAAAAUGACUUUUCAAAAGCAGACAUGUAAACUCAACAGCACCUGUCCUCCCACCCCACUUUUGAACAUUGAUUAUAUGCUCUCAGGAUGCGGUAUGUCUCUCCUAGGCACUCUGGGUGUACAAGAGAUGGUACAGCCUAUGUGCCCCUGCUCUUAGGAACCUGCAGGCACACUGCUCAAAAUCCAGCAGAGCCUCCACUGCACCCCAUACUGUACUGACUUCAUUGCUGCUGUGCACUCUAUCUGACUGUCACAGGACAGCUUCAGGUCUCCACACUGGGUCUAGGGGCAAAGGUGAGAUCCCAUAUGUGUGCAAGUAGUGAGUGGAGAGGUCCAAAGUAGUGACCAGCUGCAAACCUAUUGUCCUGGUGCGCCCCUCUUCCCCAACCAAGGCCCAGUGUACAUUAUUUCCAUGCCCAGGUUCAGUAAAGGUGGCUACGACACUCGCAGGGAAAGCAUACCUACACUGCUCCCAUGGGGCAGGUUGUUGACAAUGCAGAGCCGCAGGUUGGGUAAACAUAGUUAAAAUUAUUUACUCGAACAAGGAUAACCUCCUCUCCCCCAGUCCAAAGGAGUGGGGCUUGUUCAAGGCAGAAAGAACCAUUUGGCAAGUGCAGUGUUCAGAAGCCUGCAUUCAGGGUCACAUUUAUUUUUAGGCUUGUCUCCAAAACUUUGAAAUUGGCCCACAGAUACAUAUCCGCAGCACUCCCAGUUCUUCUAUGUACGAUAUUAGGCAGCUCAUGGCAUGGUGGGCAUCAGGCCUAAUAACUCUUGUUUUCCAGCAGUAAUCUCCAAAAUAAUGGGUUUGUUGCAUACCACAAGACUUGGUAAAAUUAAUACUGGCCAACAACAUCCGAAUGGGAGAAGCAGAAGAUGGCAUCUAUUCAGCUUGAUGGCCAAAUCCUUCCCCUAAACGUUGCUAUUUGUAUGAUUAAAGGACCACUAUAGUCACCCAGACCACUUCAGCUCAAUGAAGUGGUUUGGGUGUCAGGUCCCUCUAGUGUUAACCCUGCAGCUGAAAACAGCAGUUUGAGAGAAACUGUUAUGUUUACACUGAGGGUUAAUCCUGACAGCCACUCGAGGCCACUUCCGCGAUUCUUACUGUGAAAACCACAGUGAGAAGACGCUGGACGUCCCUAGGAAAGCAUUGAGUAAUGCUUUCCUAUAGGCGGUUUGAAUGCGCAUGCGGCUCUUGCUGCUCAUGCGCAUUCGGCACUGACGUCAGCAGGAGGAGGAGAGGUCACCAGCGCCGAGGAAGCCUGGCGCUGGAUUAGGGUAAGUGGCUGAAGGUUUUUUUUACCAAUUCAGCCCAGCGGGAGGGGGGCAGUGAGGGUUGUGGACACCUAAUAACCCUAUAGUGCCAGGAAAACGAGUUUGUUUUCCUGGCACUAUAGUGGUCAUUUAAUGCUAUGCACUAGAUAAAAUGACACUUCAUUAUUUUUGGAGAAUGCUGCUCCAGAAGGUUUCUGUACUUGGUUACCCUGGUGAUGCUGGGCUUAGCUCACUGGCUGAGCGCUCUUAACUGAUUAUUUGAGCCAGUGCUUAGUUUAUAGGACCUAACAUAUCUCCAUGCAGGAGCUUCCAGCUCUUCUGGAAGCUUGGACCGGUGCCUGGUAGAAGGCAGUUAAGUUGUCAAACCAUUCUCUGUUUGACUACUUACCCUGGGAGGGUGUCAGGGCACUACUGGCACCAUAAGCACUAUAAAGUGCUUCAGUAGUUAUGGUGCUUAGUGUUCCUUCGACAUCUACUUUAAAAGCUUUUAUUUGAAAUGGCACACUGAGGCAUGCUAAGAUUAUUAUAAUUUUUUUAUUUACAUUUUUUACAAAAGUCAAGUGAUUUGCCUGUUAAUGUGUUUGGUAAAUCAAAUCAAGUCAGCUUGAUUUUCAUAUUGGCUGUUUUGACCUGAUAUUUGAUCUUAAUUCCAGAAUUUUUUUUGUGACAGAGCUGAUUUUAAAGUGCCAUUGAACAUAAUGUUAAUGCAUAAUAUUUUCAAGUGGUCUGUCUCGAAAUGUGGAGUGGAUUAUAUUGUUCAGAAAAUCACUUUCUACAUGGUUGAUUUUGCUGCUUAGAGAGAUUACCUUUUGCAUAUAUAAUAGAAACCCAUUUGAAAAUAAUGUUUUUGGUUUGAAGGGAAAGUGAUGUAUUCUUUUUGAGAUGCAUAUGAACUGAACCCCAACCAAGGUGCCUGCAUAGAUUAGUCUAGUCUAAGCACAGUGUGUGCUUCAUUCAAUAAAUCUUUCAUCUCAAAAAUCUCUUCACCAACGUACAUCUUAAAAUUCUGAAAAGGUCCAUCACCAAAAGAAGAUGACCCACUCUGUUGCUUGAGCGUUGGCACUGUUCUGAAAUAGGACUUGCUGAAGUACAGAGCGUAUAGCUACAGUUGCAUAUCAUAUUAGGAUUGCUAAUCUUUCUCUUUAGAGUCAGAUUUUAAUAAAUAAAACACAAAAAUAUUUUCAUUAUUUUUUUUUUCUUUUAGUGGUAUAGCUUACGCACUGCACUGGCUUGUUAAAAUGCUGCUGUUUUAGAAACUUUUUACAUAAUUUUCUUUUAUUAUUUUUCAAUAGAUUAAUAUAUAUUUACAUUUGAAGAGAAAGUCUCUUGCUUGCUGCGUUAAAGUAAAUCCUCUCCCUGCUUUGCACGUUCUUCCUCUCAUUUUACAUAUUGUUGUGCCUAGGUGAAGUUUUAAGUAACAGCCAAACUUACGCUAUCUGGUUUAAUUUCGGUUGUUGUCUUGUCAUGCUGCCUGCACUAUGUGAUUUUUGCAACAGUAUAAAGCAUCAUACUGUAAAACCCUUGCGCUAUGUUAUAAUAAAUUUAUCUUGCGCUCAUAACUAAUUUUCCCUCUAGCGUUUUCUUUUUAUUAUUAAUUUUGAAUGUGACAUACAUCAGUAUACGGGUUUUGCUAUGUUAUGAGGCUUGCGCAGAAGCCAGAGGUUGCAUAUUUAAAACAGAAGUUUGUGUUUACAUCAGUUCGGCCUACGCAGAAGCCAUUAUCAGCUUGGUUGUACAAUUACGUUUUAUACACUAUAAACAAGAUCAUAUUCUGUCACUUUUUCAUUUUUGUAACAACAGUAAAUACAAUAAGAGUAGAUAGACAGAAGGGUAGAGAGGAAAGAGAGCAACCUAGGAGGGAAAGGCAAUCCUCCCAAUGUAUACUAUUAAUGUUGGCAGUGGACCUUGUUUGCUGGCAGGAUUGUAUUUUUCACUGGGUUGCAUCAAUGGUCCACGUUUCCUGUGCGUCGCACUUGUAUGUGUUCACACUCUCCAGAUGUGCCAUCAGUGUUUACUCUGUAGCCUCCAGGGCGUGUUUAUUUAGGAUGUGUUUUAUUUAGCCAUUUAUAGCAGCUGCGUUCAGAGGGGGAGAAUGGGUUUAUAGUAAGGGGAGGAGUGGGAGGAGGCCUCGAGGGGGUGUAGGACCUACUGUUGGGAGGAGGGAAGGGUCUGUCAGGGUGGGUCAGCUGUAAUUCCUCUAAUGGGGAUUAAGUCUGGGUUCAAGAGUCAAUAUAGUCUUCCCACGGUUCCCACACCUUGAGAAAGUUUGUAUACGUAUCACGCACCUGUGCCGUGAGUUUGUCCAUGAGAAAGGCUUCUUUAAUGUUGCCAAUUACUCUGUCCAUGUGCGGGGUAUCUACUUUAAGCCAUGUCUGCGCCAGGGCGCGUCUGGAUGCCAAAUUGAUUUUGUUUAAGAGCUUUUGUUCCUUGUUGGGGAGAUUGUCAAUUGGUUUGGCUAGUAGGCAAGUCCAGGGGUCCGGUUGUAUUGUUUUUUUCAGUAUUUCUUUCAGAAGGUUAGUUAUGUCGCUCCACAGUUAGCGUUUUCUGUCUUGUGGAAGCUAGUGCAUGUUGGAUUAUAUAUGUACGUUGUUUGCUGGUUAAUCAGAAUCUAAAUUUAGUUUAAAGGAUCACUAUAGUGUCAGGAAAACAAAGCAGUGGGUCCCCCUCCCAUGGUGCGGAAGGCAGCUUACCUUAUUCCAGCGCCGGGCUCCCUCUGCGCUGGUGACCUCUCCUCCGAAUGCGCAUAUGUGGCAAGUGUCGUGCACGCAUUCAAUGUGUCCACAGGAAAGCAUUUCUCAAUGCUUUCCUAUGGACGCUCUGCGCGAUGGAGGCAUAAUAUGCCUCUAGUGACUGUCCGGAAGAUAACCACUAGAGGCUGGCUUAACUCCAAAUGUAAACAUAGCAGUUUCUCUGAAACUGCUAUGUUUGCAUCUGAAGGGCUUUAAGAUGGGUAAUGGUAGAACUGCACUUUAGUCAGGUGAGAUUAUAUUAUUUCUAGAAUAUUACUCGGUUGUGGUUACAUAGUUUCCAACCCAAGUCUCGCCAGGGAAUAAACACAGCAACCUGUUCCCUGUAGCAUUCAGAAAAUACUGUAUCAGGAAGCAUUUGAAUAUUUCUGUUUAAAGCUGUGUACAAGUUUGCAUUGCAUUCCUUUUCCAUUUUUAUUUAUUUUCUAUUAAUAAUCUUAUAAUUAAAGGAAAACUAUUGCAUUAAGAAUACAAUGCUCUAUUCUUUUUUUUUUUUUUCAGUGCAUGAAUAAACAAAACAGGCCUGUAAUGCCACAACAGCAUGAGCAGACAACACAGUUAACAAAUGUUAACAUAAGUGGCAUUCUAAUGUAAAUAACUAAUUUUUUUAUAUGGUGUUGCUUUAUGCAGUACCCACAAGUGUGUGGAGUCUGAUGCAGUACAUACAACGGUGCACUAGUAGGCAUAUUUGUAGGUAUAGUUGUCUAGAAAGUGGGCCCGUGGGUUGUUUGCAACACAUCAUGCUGGGCAGCUUAGGUACCAGCCUUGUGCAGGUUUACUGAAGGGUUGGUGCUCUGCUGAGCCAGCUAUUGGGAGUAGUGUCGGCUCUGUCAUGAGCAAUGUGGGACAUUAAUUGCUAUUGUCUGGGUUGUGGCUAGAGGGACUAGUAAAGGGUUGGCUGGGCUGUUUAAGGAACCGCUUGGGAUAUAUGGGCCAGUCGGCUGUGCAGUACUGUAAGGCUUCGGGGUGUAAUUUAAAACCUCAAGUUGGUCUAUCUUAACUUAUUCACCAGUCUACCCUGCCUUUGAUUCCUACCGCACUGUGUAACCAAAGAACAUACGCUCUGGGGACCCCUAGCUCACCCUGUCUGAGGAAACCAUGGUGACUAUUUAAUAAAAGAUCCACAGGUGUGAUUUAGCAGACUGCUGGGUGAGCCUUGUGUUCCAAAGAGGGGAAUUGUGGUGGAUAAUACCUGAACCAAGUCUCAAGCUACAAAUGACCAGUCUGUUUAAAAAUUGGCUAACUUGGUUCAUGAUAUGCUCUGAACUUUACUCUAGUUUUGGUGUCUGGCACGUAAGCACAUUCUCUUUUUCUCUUGACAUCCUCUGGCUUCUGAGGAGACGAUUGCAGCUGUCACCCUCACCCCCCUGUAGUCAGUUGCACCUGUACACAUAGUAUUAAAUAGGCAUAAGUGAAUUAAACAUGCCCAUUAACAUAGGUAAACUUUGAACCAAGUGGAAAUACACUCCCGUUGUAUGGGGGUCUGCAAGCAGCAGGUAAGAGGGCUCUGGCCUCAGGUGCUGACUGUGGCAUAAGUGUCAGAGAAGGCCCUCCGAGGUGUGAAUGACUGGACGUUCGCUGGAUCCCAUUUGGGGGUUGCUGCAGUCCCAGGGUGGCCAGGUUGUGGCAAAGAGUCUCUGGUAGGCUCAAGGUGUUGGCUUUGUGCAGGCCCUGCACCAUGUGGGGGGUUUCUCCUUGCUGGAUCUGUAGGGACCAUGGCGAGCGCCAAUGGUAUGGCAGGCUGUGAGCUCGGAGGAGAGCAGUGAAGGGCUGCAAAAACUUACGCCGUAUUAGAGUUUCUCCAGAAAGAUCCUGGUAGAAUGCAAGUGUCAUAUUUUUCGAACAUGAACGGAGCUUUACCCCUUAAUGCAGCCUGGACCACCAUCUUAUUCGCCAUGUUGUGGAAUCGUACCACUAAGUCCCUACGCGCUGUUGCCGCAGCCCGUCGGGCUUUUGGGAUUCGGAAGACCCCAUUUAAAAAACAAAUUUCACAUCCCAAUCCUGUUGCUUUCUGCACCUGGCGUAAUCUACCCAAAAAGCAGGAACUUUUUGUAACUUUUUUUUUUUGUAUACUUUUAUUUGGAGUUUUUAAGAUAUUUAAAGAGGGAACGAGACAUGAAAUAGUCUACCACCAUCAAAAAGUUAGAUAACUUUAUUUUUUUGAGAUGUUUGAAGUAUUUAAUAAUGUCAGGCCAAGUUUUAUAUUUCCUGGGCAUAUCUACUGUUCUUAAAACUAGUGUGGGAGUCGUUUCUGGUUUUGCUGAAGUCCCUACAUUUCCUUUGUAGCCACCCCCACCCCCAUCUAACUCCUCUACUUCAUGAAGUGAACUGCCAGAUCUGUAACACAGGUAUAUUUCAUCAGAAAGCCUGUGCAGGGGAUUGAUAAAAUAUUUGAAUAUUGUCUAUGAAUGCUUUUAAUUUACAUUAAUAAAAUCUCUAUACAUCCUUAUUUAUUUUUUUUGGAUGCUCUUUUUAGUAUGGCCCUCCACACCUGAUUUAUACCUAUUCCUAUGAGUGCAUGGAGCACCAUUCCACAGCUGCUCUUUAUUAAAUGCUGUCCUUAAUGGGAAACUCCACUGCCCGAAUACACAAAUAAAUAAAAACCACGGUUUAGUAGAUAUACUCCAAAUAAAAACAUGCAUUGAUUUUGUUUUGUUUUUUUAAAGAUAUACUUAAAAGCCCUUUGCAAAAGCUGCAGUCCUUUUGUCUAUCUUUGCAAGCUUUCCUUUUCUUUCCCAGCCCAGACUUUGUGCGGCUGUCAUAUCAGACUUCCCAGUGCAGUUCAAUGAGAAGUCUUUGUAAGACAGGUGCUCUGGGAAAUUGCUGCCAAACUGGGAAGUAAUAAGACUGGUAGUCAACUUGAUAGCUAAUGGGUUUAACCAAGUUUAAUUUAUAAAAGUGGCAAUAUCUAUCGGAAAAAAAAGGACCACCCAUCACACAUAAAGCAUUCCUGCAAGCUAAAGUUCUUUAGGGGUCUGGAGUAUACCUUUUUUUUUUUUUUUUAUUUACCCCAUUUACUGCUUCCAGAAGAAGAGCUGAACAGUGAGAAUUGUACGGUCUGUCUCCCGAACAUCUUAAAUGGCAUAUUAAUAUAUAGAGAGGAAAUUAAUUGAUGAAAGGCAGUCACAUGUAUGUCUUUGUUCUGCUGAGUUUAGGGACCCCGCACUGCACAUUAUGAUUUUUAUUAUAUGGUGUGAUAAUACCCCUUUGGUACACAAAUUAAAACAUGAACUUCCUGUUGCCAUAUUGUACUAACAAUUUAAUAAACCUACAGGGUUAUUCACUAAAGUUCACCUGGACUGCAAAAUUUGGACAUUGUUGAAUUGUACUGACAAUUUAAUAAACCUACAGGGUUAUUCACUAAAGUCCGUCUGGACUGCAAAAUUUGGACAUUGUUGAAUUCCAUCAACAGUCACUGGAUUGUGUAAAUCCGUUCCUAAAUGGACCUGAACUUGUUCCAGAUUUCAACGGUACCGAACGCAGCUGGACAUCUGAAGUCCAGAAGGAAUUAAAGGACCACUAUAGUGCCAGGAAAACAUACUCGUUUUCCUGGCACUAUAGUGCCCUGAGGGUGCCCCCACCCUCAGGGUCCCCCUCCUGCCCGGCUCUGGAAAGGGGAAAGGGGUUAAAACUUACCUUUUUCAAGCACUGGGCGGAGAGUUCUCCUCCCCGUCGGCUGAAUGCGCACGCGCGGCAAGAGCUGCCCGCGCAUUCAGCCGGUCACAUAGAAAAGCAUUCAUAAUGCUUUCCUAUGGACGCUGGCAUGCUCUCACUGUGAAAAUCACAGUGAGAAGCACGCAAGCGCCUCUAGCGGCUGUCAAUGAGACAGCCGCUAGAGGGAAUGGGGGAAGGCUUAACCCAUUCAUAAACAUAGCAGUUUCUCUGAAACUGCUAUGUUUAUGAAAAAAUGGGUUAACCCUAGCUGGACCAGGCACCCAGACCACUUCAUUAAGCUGAAGUGGUCUGGGUGCCUAGAGUGGUCCCUUAAUUAAAUCCAUGCCCAGUGGCUUCAGCUCCAAACCUGGAUUUAAAAAAAAUAAAACUGAACUAUUUGCCUGCUGGCAGCAUUUGCAGCCAGUCAUGAAAAUGGAUAUAAAAAACAAACAAUCAAAAAACAAAACUCAGUGGCACAAUGGUUAAUUAUGCGACGGCUGGCCAGUGCUUGCUAGGCAGCUGCCACACUAAAUAAAUUUAAAUCCUGUAAGGUGUCAUUACACUUAUGGGUGUCAAUAUACUAUCAUGGAGGUGUUUUACUUCCACAUGUCUCCUCUUAUGUUUUUUUAACAUUUUUAACUAGGGACUGACUGAUAUAAUUUCUUCCAGAACCAAUGCCAAUACAGAUUAUUGGUCGCCUCUCGGGCCGAUUGCCGAUAACUGGUGACAAUGUCCUGUAUGUUUUAGAGUUCUGAAAAAGCUGCACAAAUCUGGCAUUAACUGAACAUGCUGACCGCAAUAACACUCCUAUUACUCUGCCUGACAGCUAGCCCAGUACAUUACAAGAGAAUAUUCACCAUCAAGCUUUCCUCUAAAUUCUGCAGCAGGGGACCCACAGGGAGGGUGACGUGAGGUGGCAAAAUGGUGCCUUGCUAGCUGGCAGAUGGAGUUUCCAGAUGCGGAAGAUGGUGUGCGGUGACUUGGAGAGGUGAGUAAGUUAUAAGACCAAUACCGAUUAUCUGCAGAUUAUUGGUUCUAAUAAUAGGCAGAAAUUAUAUUCUGUCUAUUCCUAGAUUGAACAUUUAUUGUACAGAAGUUCAAGAAUAUUAUAGUGGUAGGAAUACAGGUUUGUAUUCCUAAUGAAAUGCUGUUCUUUUAAAGCACGGUCACUUGCAGAGAGUUCUUAGUGUUAAAGAGCUUGUUCUCUUUCUCUUAUUUUAUAAAAGUGUUGAUUUUAAUAGAAAUCCUCACUUUUAUUAUUGACCUACGUUGUAUCUCGUAAGCCAGCUGACUUUUCUUCCUCAAUUGCUGAGAGCAUUUACAUUUGUAGUGAGGACUUCUGCGGAAGCACUGGAUUCAGUGGUUCUCUGUGAGACGCAUUGGCUUGGCGUGGGAAAUCUACUGCCUGAAGUAUAUAAUCUGUUGAUCCACCUUUUACAGUGUAUCUGUGAAACAAACAUUAUUUCAUUACAGAUACAACUUGAUUUACUUAUGAUUGAUAUUCUGCUGUGGUCCUACUUUGAUUUAAGCAAAUGGAACUUUCAAAAAUUAAAUACUGGGUGGGGGGUGGAGCUUGACCUCUGAGCUGCAUGGACUCACUCCUGUAGAGCUCCCAAGACUUGGCGACUAAACCUGCUCAAUCUGAGAUCCCACAGGUUCAUCCACGCCUGUGGCCACUUCUCAUUUCACCCCCGUUCUGUAGACUACCAGCUGUUGCCUUUCCAAAUCACACAAAAGGGGAAGAAAACACAGAGGGUCUUGGGCCUACCUCGAUUUCCGAGCUUUGGAAGCUGCCACCCUGGUUCCGGGGCUGCCUGCCGACAAACAGCGCAUUUCCCUAAUAAGGCAAGGGAAUUGUGCACACCCCACCAAUGGGGGGCGACGGUCUUAGAAACCGCAUCUCAGUGCGAGUUAUGACUCCCCUCUGCUCCCAAAGUGGCGGCCAGAAUAGACGCGGAUGCGCAGCCCAGAGGCUUAUGUUAGGACCAAAGUGAGACGCUGAAGUCCGCCAUCCCUGUGUCACUCGUUGAACGGGAAGCAGAGCGAGAUGCACUUGCACCAGCUACCAAGCAGGACAUGCUAAACCUACUAUGAGAAAUGAGACAAACAACAAAUGCAGACCUGGGAUUUAAUUGGGACAGAAGUCCAAACAGUGACCGAACAAACACGAUAUCAUAGACAUAAGGCAAGCGGUAACAGGUCCCUGCAAUAAGUACAGUCCUCUCAGUCUGCACUAAUUAUGAGACUCUGCACCCGGACUCCAUCUAAUCGACCAAACUGACACAUUAUCUUCAACGUUUUCUUACUACCAUCCUGCCACACUCUCAUACCAUAAAAACUGAGCUUGAUGGCUUUUUUCGUAUCCACAAACCCAAGUAAGCUCCCUCCUCUGCUUCCCAAAACGUAAUUAUGAGGUAUGGCUCUGUAUCGGAUAAAAAAUGCAUUUUGAAUGCAGUGAAGGGAAAAACCCUGCUGGAUUUUGAGACAUCUUGGCUCACCUUCUUUCAGGACUUAACCCGAAAUACUCUGCAGUGGUGAAGGUCCUUUAGUGCAGUAACGAGCCAGCUACGAGACACAGGCGUGGACUAUCGAUGGUCCCCACUUAGAGCUAUAAUCACUAUCCAGAAUGGAACCACGCUGAGACUUACAUUGCCGGCUGAGUCCCCUUCUUUCUUCCAUGCAUUGGGAAUAAUACUCCGGCUGUUUCUACCUGAGAGGCCUGGGAUCCAGAACGAACAACACCUUCCAUCCCCGUGGCAGUGAUGGCACGAAUGCUGGGAUUUGAACUCCUGUAGCACCGCAAGCAUAUGUCUCUUUUUACUGUUUUCUUUUAAUUGUGUUCAUGUUUAUUUUUCAUUUCCAUGUUGAUAUAACUGCCGGUGACUCCAAUCUUAUUAGCCUGUUGCUCCAUAGCAGGGAAUCUACCCAACCAUGAAGGAGCCAUACGUUCUCAAGUGAGAUCCAUUUACCCCCGUGACCCGCUAGGUUAGGGGAUAUAACUCUACUGAACCGCAAAGUAUGCAAUCUCCUGGUACCUUAAAUGCCCUACAAUAAAUAAAUAUGACCCCUCACACUGGUUGCGAAUACAGAUUGUUUUCCACGGCUCUUAAAGGCCACGUCUUCUCCUAAUAACGCUUCUCCUUUAAUAUGGGUAUCUCGCCUAGCAAUAGAUUUAUGCUCCAAAUACUCCAGGAUGCAUGCUAGCCAAAUGAAUGUACUCGUACAUCUUUUAUAUGACUUGUCUUACAAGAGUGAGACGCUUUUCACACAGUUUUGGUGUCUUAUUCUACACUUGUUGUGUGGUUACUAUAGCAUUAUAUGUUACAGUAAUAUUGACACUCCUCAUCUUGUAAUUCUUGACAUACCAAAGAUGAAAAAAAGAGGUUUUUUGAAUCUGAUGGUUGAUAACUAAUAAAGCGAUUUUACUGUAUUUCGUUGUCAAUGCAAAUAAUCUGUCACUUGUAUAUCUUUACCUCAAUAAUAAACAGACUGACAAAAAAUUUAAAAAAAAAAAAUUUAGAUGCUGGGCAAUAUUUUCCAGCCUGUAGUUUGCCUAUUUCACUAUUUAGUGAAUAAAACAUCUCAUCUGAAAGGCUAUCACUAGGCUGUAAUGUAAACACUGCAUUUUCUCUGAAAAGACCGUGUUUACAGUAAAAAACCUGAAGGGAAUUAUUCUACUCAUCAGAACAAAUUCAAUAAGCUGUAGUUGUUCUGGUGACGAUAGUGUCCCUUUAAGUUUAAUGCAUCUAGUAUAUUAUACUUGAAUUUAUUAACACUCCCCUCCCCACCCAAUGCUUCGAGAUGCAAGAUGUAUUACUGCAUUUUGCAAGACCUAGGCUGUUUGGGAAUCAUGGCGAUGAUUUGAACUAUGUCAGUGAGUUGUGGAAAACCAGACCAUAAUCUAAGGGGUGUAAACUAAUUAUGCACAUCUGCCGGCAAGCUACGGGAAGAACGCCAGUCGUCAACAAUGGCCCAUAAAAACAAGUAUGCAGUGUUUUUGAAGGGAAGGCUAUGUUUUGUGUGUGUUUUCCUUCAUAUGACACUAGAAAUGCAUUGGCACUUAAUAGUGAACAAUAUUUUUUUUUUCUGUAUCUACCUUCAAAAUACUUUGGGCAUAAUUAUACUGACUCUGUAUCAGAAUUCCAUGUGCUGCACACAUACGUUCUGUAUUUUAUUAAUUUUCUCUGAGCAUCAUAACCAUCAGGGUUCGACCGAUAUUGAUUUUAUUUUAGAGCCGAUAAUGAUCUGUGAACUUUCAGGCCGAUAGCCGAUAAUUUACCGAUAUUCUGUACAUUUACCGUUUUGAAAAAAGAAACUAUUUCUACACAAAUCUACUGUUUAUUAUUUUAUUUUUUUUGCAAAUCUUUUUUUAUUAAGGUAAAUGCACAAAGUAUACAUGCCAGUUAGAAUUGUUUUAUGGUUUUUAAGAAUAUAUAUGUGUGGUAUGUGUACGUGUUUGUGUAGUGGGUGCAGUGUGUGUGUUUAAAUAUAUGGGGAAGGAAUCUGUGGAUUUUCUUUAUUUUAUAAAUAAAAAUAAUUUUAUAUAAUUACAUAUAAUUUUUUUAUUUUAUUCCCCCCCUCCCUGGCCACAGGUACAUAGGGCAUUACACUCCCUGGUGGGGAGUAAGGGGUGCCAUGUGUGUGAUGAGUGCAGUUUGUAUGUAUGAGGGGCAUUGUGUGUGUGGUGGGGGGGGCAUUGUUUGAAUGAGGGGUGCAGCGUGUGUGUAUAUGGGGGGCAGUGUUUGUAUGAGGGGGCAGUUGGUGUGUGUGGCUAUAUGUGUAUGGGGGGGCCAUGUGAGAAUGUUUAGGGUGUUAUUGUGUGUGUGGUAGGGAGGGAAGCAGAUCAAUGCAAAUAUAACUUUUCUUCUAUGUUUAAAAAAAAUUAUAUAUAUAUAUAUAUAUAUAUAUAUAUAUAUAUAUAUAUAUAUAUAUAUAUAUAUAUAUAUAUAUAAAAAAAAUAUAAACAAGGUGCACUCACAGGUCUUCUUAAGUACGUGAUAAAUUUAUUCCAGCGUGCAAAUUAUUUAUGCCACAAUUUAAUGAUGAUCAACGUUUCGACCCAUAAAGGGUCUUUUUCAAGAUCUUGAAAAAGACCCUUUAUGGGUCGAAACGUUGAUCAUCAUUAAAUUGUGGCAUAAAUAAUUUGCACGCUGGAAUAAAUUUAUCACGUACUUAAGAAGACCUGUGAGUGCACCUUGUUUAUAUUUUUUAUAUUUAUCAACGCCAGAGGUGGGCACCCAGGCAAGAAUAUUUUGAUUUUUUACAAAGGGUGAGUGCCAAGUUCACGUUUUCUUUUUAUUUAUAUAUAUAUAUAUAUAGGCAAGAAUAUUUUGAAAUUUUUUACAAAGGAUUUGUGAGUGCCAAGUGUCAUGUUUUCAUCUUAUCCUAAAUUGUGUUCCAAGCAGUUGUAUACUGCAAACACAAAUUAAAAGGAAUCCAUGUUUAAAAUGGAAUGAGGCAAAAAUGUGAUUCUUUGUUAAACAAAUUUGCAUAUGCCCACCCAGAAUCCUUUGCGGUUGUAACAUCACUGCUGAUUUGGGAUUUCUGUGGGAAAAGCAAGUCUUAUGGCUUGACUGGUGUGCAGAUUUUUGUUUAGCAUUGUAUUAACUAUCCACAAACUUCAGGUGGAAGGGGUUUUUAAUCACAAUUUUUCCCCACCAUAACCUAUUUGAAUUUUGCUUCCCAAGCACUACCAAGCCUCACUAAGCAAACCAGUAACCAACCUCAUGCUGAAGAGUUGCAUUAACAACGAAACAGUUGUCCAUGAGUGGUUCACUGGUUUUGCAUUUUAUCCUAAAUUGUGUUCUUGUACCUGCCACAAAUUAAAUAUUUUUUAUAUUUAUCAAUGCCAGAGGUGGGCACCCAGGCAAGAAUAUUUUGAUUUUUUACAAAGGGUGAGUGCCAAGUUCAUGUUUUCUUUUUAUUUAUUUAUAUAUAUAUAUAUAUAUAUAUAUAUAUAUAAAAUAUAUAUUUAAUACAAUGCUAAACAAAAAUCUGCACACCAGUCAAGCCAUAAGACUUGCUUUUCCCACAGAAAUCCCAAAUCAGCAGUGAUGUUACAACCGCAAAGGAUUCUGGGUGGGCAUAUGCAAAUUAGUUUAACAAAGAAUCACAUUUUUGCAGAUGCAACACACUUUUUGCAUCUUAUCCUAAAUUGUGUUCCAAGCAGUUGUAUACUGCAAACACAAAUUAAAAGGAAUCCAUGUUUAAAAUGGAAUGAGGCAAAAAUGUGAUUCUUUGUUAAACUAAUUUGCAUAUGCCCACCCAGAAUCCUUUGCGGUUGUAACAUCACUGCUGAUUUGGGAUUUCUGUGGGAAAAGCAAGUCUUAUGGCUUGACUGGUGUGCAGAUUUUUGUUUAGCAUUGUAUUAACUAUCCACAAACUUCAGGUGGAAGGGGUUUUCAAUCACAAUUUUUCCCCACCAUAACCUAUUUGGAUUUUGCUUCCCAAGCACUACCAAGCCUCACUAAGCAAACCAGUAACCAACCUCAUGCUGAAGAGUUGCAUUAACAACGAAACAGCUGUCCAUGAGUGGUUCACUGGUUUUGCAUCUUAUCCUAAAUUGUGUUCCAAGCAGUUGUAUACUGCAAACACAAAUUAAAAGGAAUCCAUGUUUAAAAUGGAAUGAGGCAAAAAUGUGAUUCUUUGUUAAACUAAUUUGCAUAUGCCCACCCAGAAUCCUUUGCGGUUGUAACAUCACUGCUGAUUUGGGAUUUCUGUGGGAAAAGCAAGUCUUAUGGCUUGACUGGUGUGCAGAUUUUUGUUUAGCAUUGUAUUAACUAUCCACAAACUUCAGGUGGAAGGGGUUUUCAAUCACAAUUUUUCCCCACCAUAACCUUUUUAUAUAUAUAUAUAUAUAUAUAUAUAUAUAUAUAUAUAUAUAUAUAUAUAUAUAUAUAUAUUUUCAAUAAUCUCCCUUUUCCCUCCUUACCUUUGGCCUGGGAGAGGGAGACAUUGCUUUCCAUCCCUGGUGGUCCGGUGUGGAUGCCCUGGUGGUCCCAGUGGUUAGAGUGAACUCUGCAGGUAAGGGCUCCCCCUGGUCCUCUCUCCCUCCCCUGCCAGCAGAGUAAGGAGAUCACUGAUAGGCCGAUACCGAUAUUGCUGUAAAUGCAGAAUAUCGUCCAGACCGAUAAUCAAUCAAUCCCUAAUAAUCAUUACCAUUAUUGUAUUUUGGGGGAUCUGCCUGGCCAUCAAGGCAGGUGUCACUGAGGUGUCAUUGCAAUCAGAUGACCAUUCAUAUUUUGCCAGAAUUCAUAACAUCCCAGCAGAAAUACCACAGAAUUUAAUUAGCAAGUCCAAUAUUUGACCCUGUACCUUUCUGAAACCCCAUACAUUUGUACAUGGGUGGUACUGUUGUACUCUUGAGACACAACUGAAAACAAAUGUGAGUGUUUUAGAGUAGUAAUGAUGAUGCUUUAAGUGUUAAGAAUUUGUGUAGGGGAAAAAUGCAAUAAAAGAUAUGAACACAAGUAGGGAUCGACCGAUAUUUAUUUAUUAAAUUUGUUUAGUACCGAUAAUCUGUGAACUUUCAGGCCAAUAGCUGAUAACUUAACGAUAUUCUGUACAUUUACCAUUUUGAAAAAAUAAACUAUUUCUAAAGGUAAAUGCACAAAAUAUACAUGCCACGUGUAGUGAAUGCAGUGUGUUUAGACAGGGGAGCUGUGUGUUUGUGUAGUAUGUGUGUAUAUAAUGAAUGCAGAGAGUGUGUGUGUAGUGUGCAUAUAGUGAAUGCAGUGUGUUUGUAUACUGAAUGCAGAGCAUGUGUAGGCAUUUAAGUUGGGGGCAAUUUUAUUUUAUUUUUAAUUUAAAAAGAAAAAGUUUUAUUUCCCCCCUCGCUCCUUGUUAUCUGGCCAGGUAUAGCAUUCCCUGGUGGUCUGGUACAGUGGGGGCCCAGCAAGCUCUUACUUACCUUCCCUUCAGUUCCCCUGUGUAAAUCUCCAGUGUGCUGCACGGAUCGUUGCCAUGGUAACCCGUGGCAACGCGCUGGCGGCCGCAGGACUCACAAGAUUUACACAGGGGAGCUGCUGGGAAGGUAAGUGAGAGCUUGCUGCGGGCCCCCCCAGGACCGCCGGGCUUGUAAUGGGCCCAGCGGUCCUGGUAUGUAUUAUCGGCAAUAUCGGUAUCUCUAUAGGCCGAUACAGAUAUUCCCGAAAAAACUAAUAUCGGCCGAUCCCUAAACACAAAAUUUGGCCUGGAAUUGUAAAUAAGUGGACCUAACCCGUUUUAAAUAGCCUGGGUUUUCAACUUUUGCAAAUGUAUGCCAUGGUUGGUGUCAUUUUCAUUCCUGGGCUGCUCAAAGGCCUCAUAGGCCCAGCAAACUACUCUGGCAUAUUUGUCCAUACAACUUUCCAAAACCCCAUGAAACCUGGAUAUGGGGUGGGCAUGUUUGUACUGCCAAGCAUAACUUGGAAAAUAAAUCAGUGUGUUAAUCUGCAGUGUAUCUCUUGCUCUGUUGAAAGCCGAGUGCAACAAUGAUCAAUUAACACAGUAGGAAAUCAUCUAAAGUUAACACACUUUCCUGUAAGAGCGGAUUGAUCAUGAACAAAUAUAUAAUUAUAGGAAAAGCUCAACUGAAAGUGGGUGAUAAGUAAUGUGCCCUUUAAGGAAAAAAAAACAGUUCCUACACCGGAUAUAUACAUAUAAUAGAAUUAAUAACUACAGGAGAAUGAAGUUGACAAAAUUGUUAAAAGUCAAAAGGGAAAAUAAUUCUAAUUCAUAACGGCUAUUUAUAGACUUUUCAACCAGAUGGUACACUCCAUGUCCCCUGCAGCACAUCAUAUAAGCAUUGUGUAUAUGCAUAUAUAACCUAAACAUAGAAUCUAUGCAAUCUAGACCAGAUUACCCAAGAAUAUAGGCAAGCUCUAAUAUACACAAUACCCCACAUUAUAAUAGAUCCAUAGUACACAGUGUUAGUCAAUAUGACACGUAACAUGGUUUCAGAAAAUUGCAGGUUAUACAUACAUUAUUCCAUAGUUAAAGGGAAACUCCAGUGCCAGGAAAACAAUCUAUUUUCUUGGCACUGCAGGUCCCCUCUCCCACCUACCCCCCAAUCCUCUGUUGCUGAAUGAAGGCGUGAGAAUCCCUUCAGUUACUUACUAGAGGCAGCGACAUGUCCCACGUCGCUGCUUCUUCCUCGGCCGCCGCUCCUCCUCUGUAUUACGUCGGCUAGUGGGAGAGACUGAUCCCGCCGGCCGGCUGGGUAAACCUAAUGCGCAUGCGCGGCAUUCAUUAGAGCUCCCCAUAGGAAAGCAUUGAAAAUGCUUUUCAAUGGUUUCCUAUGGGGAAAUUAACGACGCUGGAGGUCCUGACACAGCGUGAGGAUGUCCAGCGACGCUCUAGCACAGGUUUUCUGUGUUAUGAUGCAGGAAAUGCCCUCUAGUGGCUGUCUAGUAGACAGCCACUAAAGGGGCAGUUAACCCUGCAAGGUAACAAUUGCAGUUCAUAAAAAAACUGCAAUAAUUAGACUUGCAGGGUUAAGAGUAGUGGGAGUUGGCACCCAGACCACUCCAAUAGGCAGAAGUGGUCUGGGUGCCUGGAGUGUCCCUUUAACCAUUUUAGGAAAUAGUGGAAUAAACAAUGUUAGCAUGUAGUCAUAUAUAAAUAAUAAACAUAUUAUACAUAAUGAACAUAUGGGGCCCCAUAUAACACACAAAAAAAUAAAAAAAGAGUGUGUGAUACCAGACCCAUAGGUCCCGGGAAAAAUCCCAGCGAUUCAUAGAUGUGUGUAUCAACACCCUCAAAAAUAGAAAAAAGAUAGAUAAAAUAUGAUAUUGAUGUAAACCAAUCCAUGAACUCAGGGCAAGAAAUAACCAAUCCUAGUUCAUGGUAUGGGUACAUCAAAAAGUAAUAAUAAAUAUAUUCACACACACAUACAUAAAGAGCAAAAAAUAAACUAAACAAAUUGUCGUGUCCACUGUGAGUCUAUCUCUUUAUGGACUGAACUUGAGAAACUCCCUAUAAUUUCAGAUCUUGCUGAUCACUGUCACCCUUCUCGUGUGUGAAGAACUAUAAAAAUUAUAUAUAAAAAAAGUAAGUAAGAACUAGAACAAAAAAAGACAGAUUUUCCAGCAAAGAAUUUUAAAAAGACUGACUAUAUUAUCUAAAGCAGGCAAAAUCCCUUUCAUCAUUCAUGCCAUUUGGGAACAGUGUACCCAAUACAUCUCCCUUUGGCUUAAAAGUUUGAACCUGUUACACCUUUUGGAUGGGAUUUUAACCUGUUCUAUGCCCAAAAAUUGUAAUUGUGAAACCCGAUGUCCAGCUUCAUUAAAAUGUCGGGCCACUGAUUAGGUAACCACUCGAUUUCUAAUCACACUUUUGUGUUCCCCUAUUCUCACAGUUAGAUGCCUAGUAGUUUGGCCAACGUAACCUUUGCCACAGGGGCAUUUAAUCAAAUAGACAAUGAAGUCCGACUGACAAUUGAUAUUAGUUCUUAUAUCCAUAUUGUAGCCCAAACUAGGGUGUGCAAAUGAGGCUGAUUUUAUGACGUUAUUACAAUUUACACACCUACCGCAUCUAUACAUCCCUUUUGUCUAACCAUGUGUCUCUUUGUAUUGUCAGAAUUUGCUCUGGCAUGUAUUAAAUCCUGCCUGAGGUUCCUCGAGUUCUUAAAAGCCAUAAUUGGAACUCAGGUCCGGAUCUUCACUUAGCACAUGCCAAUGUUUUUUUAUAAUUUGUGUAACAUGGCGGGACUUAGUGGAAUAUGUGUGUACAAAUGGAAUCCGUUUUGGUUUUAUCUAAACUUCAGUCCUCGUUUUUUCCUGACUAUUCUACUCCAAAACCCUCUCCUUAGCCAUCCUUAAUGUUUCUAAGGGAUACCCUCAAUCCUUAAAUCUCUUCAUCAUUCCAUCCGCCCUUUGUUCAAAGACCUGAUAAUCAGAGAUAAUCCUCCUCAGACGCAAUAACUGUGAAUAGGGCAACCCCACUUUCAGCUGUAGGAAGUUCCUGUCUGUCGGUUUGGAAAAUAUAUCAAAAUGAAAACCAUCCAGCAUUUUCUUGACAUUGACAUCCAGGAAAUGAACCUCUGUUGGGCUAUACUCAAUGCUGGACUUUAUGAUGGGUAGCACCGGAUUGAUAAUGAAACCAUGUUUUUCCUGUUGUCUGUGUGAGUCACAGUCAAAGGAGGUGUGGCUAGGGCUGCAAAUAUACAGAAACGAAAGUAAUUAUAUCCCUAAAUGGAGCGGUGAGACUACAGGGCAUGACGCCAAAAUUGCUUCCAUAACCCCUUUAGGACAGCAGGCGUGCCGUCCUCGGGGACCCUGUUCUAAACGCCAGCAGGCGGCAUAGUAUAUCCCCGCCGUCCAGGGGACCUACCUGCUCGCUGGCGAUCCCCCGCUGGCGAUCGCUAUGGGGGGGACAGGGAUUUGCCUGUCAUCCCAGGCAGUCCUUUUGCGUCUGAUUCGGCCCUCCUGGGCCAUGUAAUUGCAAGGUCCUUGCGAGUAGGGAUCGACCGACUAUCGGUCUGGCCGAUAUUUGGUAUUUUCGGCAAUAUCGGUAUCUGCCAAUAAAGAUACCGAUAUUACAUACCAGGACCAGCAGCAAGCGCUUACUUACUCAGCAAAGCUCUGCGCUGGCUGCGAGAUUUACACAGAGGAGCUGAAGGGAGCUGCUGCGAAGGUAAGUAAGCGCUUGCUGCGGGCCCCCCACUGUACUUUCUAUGCCACUGGACCACCAGGGAAUGCUAAAUCCCCAUUCCCUGGCCAAGUAACAAGCAGGGAGACGGACUAAAAAAAAAAUAAAUAUAUAUAUAUAUAUAUAUAUAUAUAAUAAUAAAAUCCCCCUCCCCCAAAUUGCAUAAUAUACACACACUACACACACACUGCAUUAUAUAAACACACACACUUUGCAUUUAGUAUAUACACAGUGCAUUACUUUACGCACACUACACACACUGCAUUCACUUUACAUACACUACACAAACACACACUCUGCAUUCAUUGUAUUCACUAUAUACACUACACAAACACACUUUGCAUUCAUUAUAUACACACUGCAUCCACUACACAAACACAUAGCUCCCCUGUCUAAACACACUGCAUCCACUACAUGUGGCAUGUAUAUUUUGUGCAUUUACCUUUAGAAAUAGUUUAUUUUUUUUCAAAAUGGUAAAUGUACAGAAUAUCGGUAAGUUAUCAGCUAUCGGCCUGAAAGUUCAGAGUAUCGGUAUCGGCUGUGUGUAAAAAAGAUUUUAAAAAAAUUCAAUAUCGGUCGAUCCCUACUUGUGAAUAGCUGUCCAUAGCAGUGCCAGCAGGAGUGGUGCCUGGAAUGACAGUCCCUCUCCUGCCUGUAAUAAAGUAAAAUUAUAUAUAGAUCUAAGUGUGUGUGUGUGUAUAUUUUUUUUUUUUUACUUUACACAUACAUACACUGUCGAAAUGUAUUUUUAUAUAUAUAAAAAUCAAAAUACACGUAGAAUAUUAAUUAAAUAUAUAAUUAUAAUUUUUUAUUGAUGUAUAAUAUAAAUAUAUAAAUACGUUAAAAAUGAGAAAAAUUAAAUGUGUUCUUUCGUUCAAACUGUAUUUAUAUAUGUAUGUAUUUAUGUGUGUGUGUGUAUAUAUGUGUGUGUGUAUAUAUGUGUGUGUGUAUAUAUAUAUAUAUAUAUAUAUAUAUAUAUAUAUAUAUAUAUAGUUACAUAGCUGAAAAGAGACUUGCGUCCAUCAAGUUCAGCCUUCCUCACAUUUGUUGUUUGCUGUUGCUCCAAAAGAAGGCAAAAAAAAAACCGUCUGAAGCACAAUUUUGCAACAAGCUAGGAAAAAAAUUCCUUCUUGACCCCAGAAUGGCAAUCAGAUUUAUCCUUGGAUCAAGCAGUUAUUACCCUACAUUGAAAGAUUAUUUCCUUGAAUAUUCUGUUUUUGCAAGUAUGCAUCUAGUAGCUGUUUAAACAUCUGUAUGGACUCUGAUAAAACCACUUCUUCAGGCAGAGAAUUCCACAUCCGGAUUGUUCUUACAGUAAAAAAACCUUUCCUUUGCCAUAGACGAAAUCUUCUUUCUUCCAGUCUAAACGCAUGGCCUCGUGUCCUAUGUAAAGUCCGGUUUGUAAAUAGAUUUCCACACAAUGGUUUGUAUUGGCCCCGAAUAGAUUUGUAUAAUGUUAUCCUAUCUCCUCUCAGGCAACGUUUUUCUAAACUAAAUAGGUUUAAAUGUUAGCCUUUCUUCAUAGCUAUGUUCCAUUCCUUUUAUUAAUUUUGUAGCCCACAUCUGCACUUUUUCUAGUGCCAUAAUAUCCUUCUUUAGAACAGGUGCCCAAAAUUGCACAGCAUAUUCAAUAUGGGGUCUUACCAAUGAUUUAUAAAGAGGCAAAAUGAUAUUCUCGUCCCAAGAAUGAAUGCCCUUUUUCAUGCAUGACAAUACCUUACUGGCCUUGGCCACUGCUGAUUGACAUUACACAUUGUUGCAUAGUUUGUUGUCUAUAGCCAUUCCCAAGUCAUUUUCGUGUGUUGUUAUCCCUAAUUCACUUCCAUUAAGGGCAUAUGUUGCUUGUGUAUUCUUCCGAAGUGCAUAACUUUGCAUUUUUCAACAUUAAAUUUCAUCUGCCAUUUGAGUGCCCAGUCCCUCAGUCUAUCUAAAUCCCUCUGCAGCAAAGUAAUAUCUUGCUCACAUUGUAUUAUUUUACAAAGUUUUGUGUCCUCUGCAAACACUGAAACAUGACUUUCAAUGCUGUCUUCAAGAUCAUUUAUAAAAAUGUUAAAUAGAAUGGGUCCCAGAACAGACCCCUGAGGGACACCACUUGCCACCUCUGUCCAGCUUGAAAAUUUACCAUUAAUGACAACUCUUUGUACUCUGUUUUUAAGCCAGUGCUCUACCCAAGAACAAGCAUUUUCAUCUAGACAGAUUUCCUUGAGUUUGAACACUAAUCUAUUGUGUGGAACUGUAUCAAAUGCCUUGGCAAAAUCCAAAUAGAUCACAUCCACGGCAACACCCUGAUCUAUACUUCUACUUACUUCUUCGUAGAACGCAAUCAGGUUAGUUUCACCUGACCUGUGCUUCAUAAAACCGUGCUGAUUUUUGCCGAUAGCCAUGUUCUUCUCAAGGAAUUCUUGAAUAUUACCCCUUAAUAACCUUUCAAAUAUUUUACCAGCCACAGAAGUUAAGCUCACAGGUCUAUAAUUUCCAGACAAGGAUUUUUAAUCCUUUUUGAAUAUAGGAACCACAUCUGCCUUCCUCCAAUCCUCUGGAACACUUCCUGAAAGAAAAUAAUCUUGAAAGAUUAAAAACAGAGAUUCACUUAUUUCUACACUUAGUUCCUUAAGUACACGUGAAUGGAUACCAUCAGGCCCUGGAGCUUUGUUUAUAUUAACUUUCUUUAGCUGCUGCAGCACCUUGUCUUGAGUUAACCAAUUACAAUUAUUCUGCCAGUUUUUAGUAGCAAUCAUUUGCACAUCUAUUGCCAUGGGUUCUUCCUUAAUAUAUACGCAGGAGAAAUAGUUUAUUUAAAAUUCCUGCCUUUUCCUGGUUUUCAUUAACUAACACCCCCGUUUCAGUUUUUAGUGUACCUACACUUUCAUUUUUGGGUUUUUUAGAAUUUAUGUACUUAAAAAAUGCUUUGGGGUUGGUUUUGCUCUCUUUAGCUAUCAUUUUUUCAUUUUGAAGUUUAGCAAGUCUAAUUGCCUUUUUACACAAGUAUUAAACUAUUAUCUGGUACGUUAAGUCCAGCAACUCUAAGGCCUGGUAAGAUGUUACCUUUAGUCCUAGGUAUUACAUAAUUCUACAUGCUGGAUCAACUAGACACACACACGUCAGGAUUACUAGUUGAUCCAGCACGUAGCAUUAUGUCAUACCUAGGACUAAAGGGAACGUCUUAACAGGCCUUAGAGUUCCUGGACUUAACGUACCAGAGAAUAGUCAGAAUACUUGCCAAGGUAAGAGACACAACGAAGAGGGAAAGCCAAGUCAGGGAUACCAGAAUACAAGGAAGUCAAAUGAAGCCAAAGUCAAUAACCAGAAAUAAACGCUCAGGAACACACUCUCGGACAACCACGACAGGAGAAUGAGAAAAAAGGCAAGAGGAGUUUAACCCCUUAAGGACCAAACUUCUGGAUUAAAAGAGAAUCCUGACAUGUCACACAUGUCAUGUGUCCUUAAGGGGUUAAUUAACCCUCCCUCAGAUCCGAUUGGCCGUACCCGGCCUUUAACCCCAGAACGUGCAUGUGCAUCAUUUACGUGACGUCAUACGUACGCCAACGUCAAUACCGCGGGCGGACGGGGGGUUACAAAUUGGUGUUGAUCCGCCGUGGCCGCCGUCCACCAACAUGGUGCAGGAGUUAGAUACAUUGACGCAUGGCCACUGAACAGCACUUCCGCAUUUGUUAGUAAGGCAAUUACUGCAGAUACCACAAGAUGAGGAUGAAUAUGAUGCAAUAUAUACCUAUUUAUAAAUUAAAAUAAUUUAAAAAAAUUAUAUAUAUAUGUAUAUAUUUAUUUAUUUUAAUUCUACGUGUUAAGUCAUUUUAUUAAUUAUAAUUUGCGGGACCUGCCUGAUAACCCAGACAGAAAGUCCAGAGAAUUUAAUUUGCUAGCACUAUAUUUAACCCUGUAACUUUUCCAAAACCCCAUAAAACGAGUACAUGGUGGGGGGGAGGGGUACUGUUUUACUCGGGAGACUUUGCUGAACACAAAUAUUAGUGUUUCCAAACAGUAAAAUGUAUUACAACGAUGAUAUCAGAAUUUUUUUUUUCUUCCAUUUUUCACAUAGAAACUGCACUUACACUCACGAUAUAUUUGAUACGUUUUACGUUUAAUUUUUUUUUUUUUUGCAUGCAAUAAACCUGUAGUUACAGAUACAUUUGCAUUGCCCCAACGGCAUAUACUCAUUGUUUGACAAAAAUCGUUAAGUUGGAAGGCGUAGCAUGAGGAAACUGUGCACAUUUUUUUUUUUUUUUUAUAAUUACAUGAAGGUUAGUCGAGUAGGUGUCGCUUGCAUGAACAUGGUGCUGUCAGGUAUAGUAAGUCAGCGCUUUAAGUCAGUCACCCCCAGCCAUCAAAAACAGGACCCCUGCGUGUGCAUAGCAUUAGAUGAUCGAGUAAUGUGCUGUGUUGUGUGCCUGUGCAGGGCCUCGUGUAAGUAAAGUGUGGUUAGCAUCUCUGAGUGUCUCUGAACCGGCCCAAGACAUUUGGUAUGUCGGUGCAUACGGCUUCGCGGCCUUGGCUGGGCAUGGGGGAGUCCUAAUAAGUGGGCCGAUGUGCUGCUCCAACAUAUGUAUGUUCCGUGAGGUUGGUACGCAGGUAGUGUGUAGUCCUCGCUUGUUCAGUUUUGCGGUGGUAUUGGCAUAUGUAGGUAAGGUUUGUCUGCUCAUUGUCCCCUUGAGCUGCGUCUGUGGGGGUUUUCCUUGUCUUGCUGCAUAUCUGCGAACGUGGCGUGUCGCUUUACGCGCUGUUGCUGGGCAGGAGGUGCUGUUUGUUAAGUUGGAGGGGAAGCAGCGUUAUGACUUGGGCUUCGGCUCUGUCAGAAGGUAGGUGGUUCGGUGCAUGGCGCCGGUAGCGGUAUCUGUGGUGCAACCUUUUGCUUUGCGUCUUCCCCGCCCCCUUCUGCCUUUGAGGAUAAGUGUCUCUUAGGGGCCCCACAAUGCUUACUUGCUGCUGGGUUCCUGGCAUGUCUGUCCGGCGGGUAUCAGCGGUCUGUUCCGGGCUCUGUAAGUGGGCCAUCUUAGCUUUAGGCUUUGGGCCUUCGCUGCGGCCUGGUGUGUCAUGGCCUCCGGGUGCGGCCGUGGGGUGAGGACCGGGAUGACCCCCACCCCCUCCCCAGCUCAGAGGGCGGGGGCACCGGGGCCGCAAAGCUGUAGUUUGUCUGUCGGGCUCCGUUAAUUACAGUCAAAUAUAAGGCUUGUGUUUCAGUUUUUCCACAUUGAAAUUCACCAGAUGUAAAACUAGAUAAUGAGUUUUAUUUAAAUUUUAUUUUUUUAAAUUGUGCCUUACAUGCACAUAAGGGCUGCUGCCUUCUCUUGCAUUAUAGUGUGAAUACUUGUCUUUUGCUGUUACUGAAUAUUUUUGUCAGUAUUCCUGUAUUUGGAUGAGUGAUUCAAGGUUUUUCUGUUUGGUGAUGUUGCUUAUUAUAAUCGCUGAUCACUGGCAAUGUAAUGCUUUCAAAAGCAAAACGGCAAACCAGCAGCAUUAUUUAUGACGUAAGUUCAACUUUCCCAUUUAAUUCCCUGUAUUGUUAUCACUCGCUUUAAUUUUUUAUUAAAGGGACACCAUAGUCACCGAAACAACUACAGCUUAAUGUAGAUGUUCUGGUGAGUAUAAUAGCUCCAUUCAGGCAUUUUCAUGUAAACACUGCCUUUUCAGAGAAAGUGUUUAUAUUGCCCCUAGGGACACCCCCAAGUGGCUAUUACUUAGAUGGCCACUGGAGGGGUUUCCUAGCUCAGGCUGCACAGUAAGCAGCCCUGCCGUUCAGCGUCUACACGCUCUGCAUGGAGACGCUGAAUUUUCCUCAUAGAGAUGCAUUGAUUCAGUGCAUCUCUAUGAGGAGGUCCUGAUUGGCCAAAACGGCAUUUGGCACAAAGGGGGCGAAGCCAACACCAGCGGACCCCCGCGGCGCUGGAAAUAAGGUGAGUUUUAAACUUUUAUAGGGGGACCAAUGGGGUGCAAGCCACCUAAAUGGUGGGUUAAACACUAUAGGGUCAGGAAUACAUGUUUGUGUUCCUUACCCUAUAGUGAUCCUUUAAUUCUUUAUGAAUUGGUAUUCCAGAAGGCACAUGUUCAUAGCAUUUGGUACAACGUGAUUUAUCACACAGUCCUCAGUUUGGUACAUGUUAGGACACCAUAACAUACCGUCAUUUCAUUCCAUAGAGUAGUACAUCUUAGAAACGGUAUAGUACAUAAAGAACAUUGCAUAUAAUCAUUACAUUAGUGUUGUAGAGGGUGACCUAGUAUACUCUUGUUUGAGCAGAGUAACAUAUAGCGUAUGGAACUAUGUCGAGGCGCCCCAACACCACACUCUGUCUUCCGCCAAUUUUAUUUUUAUAUGUUGGUGUAAAAUAAAGAAAUUUUAAACAGAGUGAUAAAAUGUAGAAAAAAUAAGUAUCUCACAGUGAGAAUUGUUCUGAUCUCUGAGUCUGUGUCCCCUGUUUGAUCCAAUUCCCCUCUGGUAGGGUGCCGCUACCCCACACUGAAGAUUUGGGUUUGCUAUGGCUGUGAAUUAUGUUCCCAGGACUGAGUAGUUAGAGUAUUGUGUAUUUUCUACUGUGCUCUGUCAGUGUGGCCCCUGCUCCCCCCCCCCCCUGCUAAACAGGGUAGCAUUUUAUGUGUCAUACUGCCCCCAGAGAUCCCAUACCUUGUUGUACGUAUUUAAGGAGUUCCUAAACUGUGCUGUCAGCUUAUCCACAAAGUAGUUGUCUCUGAGUUUGUAUAAUACUAAGGCGAUUUGUGGCACCUCAGGGCACACCCAUUUUUGUGCCAAUGCCCUGCAGGCCUGCUCAGGUUUGAUCAGGCCUUCUAUGGGUCUAGAUAGCAGGCAUGCCCAUGGGCCUUGUUUUAUUCUCCUCUGUAGGAUCUGGGAACUCAGAUCUGCCACUUUAUGCCAGUAUUCUGCUUUUAUCCCCACAUAGAUGCCAGCAUGCGCCUGAGGGAUUUAUUUUCAUCUGAUCUUGUUUUACUGGGGUCGUAUACCAUCUAAAUAGUGUUUUGUGUGACUGCUCUUGGAGUGUUACACAUAUAGUAGUUUUUAUACAUGUCUCCCAUAUGUCCUGCCAAUCCGUUCCUCCAGCUCCUCUCCCAGGUCGGCUUCCCAUUGGUCUGUAUAGCGCAUUGUGCCUUUUGUCCUCUACUUCUGAGCUGAGGUGGUUAUAUAGUAACAGGAUUAGUUUGGUUUGCGUGGUUUCGGUAAAGCACAUUCGAAGAAAGUCAUUUGGGAUGCUACUGCCGUGUUUUUAGGUGUUUGUAUGUGACUAUUUCUUUAACGUAGGGGUGGGCAUAUCAUUGGAGCCCUGUGUUCUCUAUUCUCUUGUAGACUCUGGCCCUCAUGCUUGGUGGGAAGGCCCUGUUUCUGAACACUGGUGUAUCAGUGGUUUUUAUUUCAAUUUUUUUUUGGUCUAAAAAAAACAUGCAUUCAUUUCUCACCUUUGCUGCUUGGUAUAUACUAAUGCAGCGGUGGGCAACCUUCAGGACUGUGUCAAUUCCUCAGGAAAGGUUAACUCUGACACACUUUGAGCCCCCAGUAUGCUCUGAUGUUGUCCAAAUACUUGGAUAAUGAGGAAGUGAACUUCAUCAUUAUGUCUGCAGUACAUGGAUAGCAAAUCUGUUUUUAUCAAGCUAAUUGAAAAUAUUUGACUAGAACUAUAGUGUAAGGAAUACAAUUUAGUAUUCCUUACACUAUAGAAUCCCUUUCAUUAUUUAAUUAUGAAAAAAAAACAGUAAUUUUUUACAAUCGCAGACAGAUGACAGCGAAAGAUUUGUUAUGCAAUGAUUAUCUUGAACAAAAAAAAUCACUUAAAUAUCAAAUCUGCACAAAUUUGUAGUCAUUACCUCGCUUCUCUCUACCUCUAAUAUUUUUGUGUAAGGAAGAGAACAGAGAGGAUAAAAGGGAGUACAGAGAGGGGAAGGGAAAACCAUGUGCUGUUGCGCGUGACCCCCAGUUCACAACCCAAGUAACUUCCUACAUCCUAUUAGACAUAUAAUCUCUCCACAGGUCCCAAACCUUGAAGGAAGAUAACAUACUUAUUACUUCGUAGGUCAGCUCAUACAUAUUGCAGCCUCACAGAUUUCCUCACUCUGCUCCCUCUAGGGCAGGGGUACACAACCUGUGGCACUCAAGGUGUCUUUGCUCGGCACUCAAGGCUGGCCUAUCAGGAGUCCCAGUGAAACUUCAGAUAUCUGCUAAUACGAAAAGAUGGUGAGAGACAAUCCUCAAUUUAUGCAUUGCAGCGCGUAGAGGAAGUGAUUUUAGAUCACAUUCUCCCAGAACUUGUGAAUGGGAAUCCACCCUGUAGUAGAGCAGCCCACAGCUGCUGUUGCAGCUCCUGUCCUUGACCUGUACCUGGCCAGCCUGGUCCCCACUGGACCCCAGGGAAGCCACCCACACUGCAAGAUAUACACAGAAAUGAAUAAGCCCCCACCUCAUACAAAUAUUAAAUAGGACCGUCACGCUAUGGGACAUCACAAUUUUAUUUCGGCACAGUGCUUCUAAAAGGAUGCCUUCCCCUUCUCUAGGGUCUUGCCAAGAUCCGCCUUCCAAUGCUCUGUAUAUCUCAUUGGUUCCAAAACCUAGGGCUCUGCCCACACCUGUGUACAUAUGAGCAAUAUAACCUUUAUUAUAGAUAUUCUUCAACAUUGCAUAAAUGCUGGAAUGUUGUAGGAGGGCACAUUGCUGCCUCCUUAAUGCAUGUAAAAAACAAAUCUGUAGUAUUUGAUUGAAUCUCUUGUAGGGAUCGACCGAUAUUGAUUUUUUUUAGAGCCGAUACCGAUAUUCUGUGAACUUUCAGGCCGAUUUAAUUUGCCGAUAUUCUGUUCAUUUACCAUUUUGGAAAAUAAAAACUAUUUCUAAAGGUAAAUGCACAAAAUAUACAUGCCACAUGUAGUGGAUGCAGUGUGUUUAGACAGGGGAGCUGUGUGUGUUUGUGUAGUGGAUGCAGUUUGUGUAGUGUGUGUGUGUAGUGGAUGCAAUGUGUGUUUGUAUAGUGUGUGUGUGUUGUGGAUUAGUGUAGUGUGUAUAUAAUGAAAGCAAAGUGUUUGUGUAGUGUGUGUAAAGUGAAUGCUGUAUAUACUAAAUGCAAAGUGUGUGUGUUUGUGUAGUGUGUGAAUGUAGUGUGUUUAUAUAAUGCAGAGUGUGUUUUUAUAGUGUGUAUAUAAUGCAGUGUGUUUGUGUAGUGUGCAUUAUAUAAACACACUAUACAAACACACUGCAUUAUAUAAACACACUAUAUAAACACACUAUACAAACACACUGCAUUAUAUAAACACAUUACACAAACAUACUGCAUUAUAUACACAGUGUGUUUGUGUAGUAUGUGUAUAUAAUGGAGUGUGUGUGUGAGGGGGCAUUUUUUAAAUUAAAUUAUUUAUUUUUUAUAUUUAUUAUUUAUUUUUGUUGUCCCCCCUCCCUGCUUGUUGCCUGGUCAGGGAAAAAUCAGUCGAUCCCUAAUCUCUUGUUGAAGUUACUCAAAACUUAUAACUAAUCCCCAACCCCCACGCUGAUGUUGAUAUUGUUGAAUCCUAGCCACUUCCAAAUUCAUAGUCAUGUAGUGUCUUGCCUGGAGCAAACUGUCUAUUGCGCAGUACUGGGGCGCAAGCGAAUUCAUAUUUGACUUUAACACUAUCCCAAAUGUCCAGGGAAUUUAAAAUUGACAGGCACGUGGUGCGUAGUAGUGCUCGCAAGGGCUUGUCCAGCCACAUAUAAAAUGAUGGUAGUUCUGAGCUCAUUAAGCCUGUUCUAGAUCCACCCAUCUCCGUUCCCCAGAAGGAGCAUACCACAUCACCAACUGAGAGUGUUGGGAAAUUUAAUUUAUAUAGAAUUGGGUUUGACUAACCCAAUCAUCCUGUUCUUAGGUCAAUAUAGUACAUUUCUGGCCAGUCUAUGGUGGGUUGUUCUUUGCAAUUCUCCUCUCGUUACCCGGAUAGGCAAAACCUGAAAUAAAAUUAAAAUGGUCACAUAUCCAUCCGCACAUGAAAAUGUGGUUAAUGGCAUAUACUGUCCUGACAGGAAAAGCUGUGCCGAGCAGCAAUCAUGCAAACCUGGUAAUUGCCUUUGGGGUCAAAGGCCAGUUACAGCCAAUCAGAUCCCGAGGAGUGGUACUUAAACAGAAUUCUCCUCUUGCUCAUCGUGGUUUCAUGUAUAUGGUUAUGCGAAAGUGCGUUCCUGAUCUUGAUUUUCUGGUAUUUGACUUUGGCUUUGUUUUGACUUCCCUGAUAUCUGGUAUCCUUGUCUUUUGGCUUUCCCUCAUCUUUGUGUCCGAUUCUGUGUCCCAGACCUCGGCUAGUAUUUUGACUAUUCCUGGAGACGUUUAGUCCGGCCAUUCUAAAGUCUGGUUAUAUGUUAUCCUUAGUCUUCGGUGUGACACAGUACUGCGUGCUAGAAUAAUUUGUAAUCCUGACAAAAAGUCUAGGCAAGGUAUUCAUUUUAAUGCAAUAGAUCCUCCCACUCCAAAAUAUGGACCGCUCAAGGGAUGCAUAGCUAGCACAUAAACAUAUAAUAAAACAGCAAUUUUGUGUACACUUAUUCUUUUACAGACAAACUUAAAAAUAAAAAUUACGUCAAUGCAUGCAAUUUUGUAUUUUUCACCUAUUCGUUCAGCUUUCAUAAAAUUUUUGUUAUUCCCUCCUCAAGAGUCUAAAGCAAAGGUAAAUAGUGGUCAGAAUACAAUUGAGACCUAGGCAAUGAAAGGAUGGUUUUGUUUAAUUUUAAUCCACAUAUAUUGCACCUUAUAAUGUUUUUAAUCAUUGUUCUUUAUGGAUUCAGCAACUUUUUAAAUGCAUUCAUCUUUGUUUGAGAUAAAGAACCAUGACUCUGUUUUUAAUCAUAUUACUUUUUCUAUUUACAGGGAACUUAUUUGUAAUUAGUUCCAGAACUCAGGGGAUGCAACAUGACCUCUGCUGCAGUGGAUGGUGGUGGGUCGGUAGGGGAACUUGCCAGUAACGGGGUAGAAACUACAGAGCAGGUGAGUUGGAAUUUGUAAGUUAAAAAUAAAUAAAUAUGUAAAACUGAGUACUGGGAUAAAACUCUUUAUCCCCUAAAUAACACAUUUUUUUAAUUGAAAAUACAUUAGCAUAACCCUUUGGUUUGAAAUAAGGGAUGCAUAUAGCUAGCACAUAAACAUAUAAUAAAACAGCAAUUUUGUGUACACUUAUUCUUUUACAGACAAACUUAAAAAUAAAAUACGUCAAUGCAUGCAGUUUUGUAUUUUUCACCUAUUCGUUUAGCUUUCAUAACAUUUUUGUGGGAACAAAAAAAGUACACUCUAUAAAGUGUUCAUGAUCUUGCAGUAUAUCACACGGGGUCUAAAAUCUGAGUAUAAAAGCAAUUUGUUUUUCUCUCGGUAGAUGUGACAAUUGAUCAAUAAAAUUCAUGAAAAACCUUUGUAAGGAUCCUGAAGACAUUGCAAGCAGUAUUGAUUACUAAAAAUGUCAACAAAAUGUAAAGAUGUCUGCAUUGGAGUAUAAUGUUAACUUACAAUAACUAGUUAAACCAUAUUUUCCUAAAAUAAAGGUUUUUAAAACUGCCUUUGCAAUCUUUAUCGAUCUCUGAAUUGGUAAUUUAUAGCCGACAGUAAACAAAAAUUGGGAUUGCACCUCUAAACCAGGGGACAGUUGAUAAUCAUUCCUGCAGUGUGAGUGAGGACGAGUGAGAUUUUAUAGCGUGAAUUUCAUUCUGCAAAAUACAUGAACGUAGAAACUUGCAUAGUCUUCUGGGAGUGAAGUGGUUAAUCAGUUUUUCAAAUGUAUUACCUCAUGACACACUGAGGGAGCCACUUGAAACAAUUACUUUUUAAUGAAAUUGUAUCUUUGUUAAAGGGAAAAUCAUUGCUUUAUGUCUGUAUAAUGAAGUAAGUGGCAGCAAUGUGUCAACUAUCUACUAAACUCUGCCCUAAUUUGGUAUUUUAAAUUGUGCAAUCCCUGCAAUAACAAGUUGGGGAGCUGUUGUCUUUAAUAGAUUGCUACCUCAUUUGAUUGUGUUACAAUGGCAAUCCCACAUAAGUGUUCCAAAUGAUGGAUAGCUAUCUACUAAAUAUGGAAUAAUGGACUUUGUAUGUUUCCAAAAUUUUGGGAUGAAUUUAAUUUAUUUCCGAAUUGAUCAUUUCUGAAUAUUGGCCAAAUCUGUCAUUGGAAUUUCCGAAUUAAAACAAAAAUAACUUUUUAUCCAAAGCACAUGUCUAAUUAAAAUAAGUAAAAACAAACACUUUCCAUUGAGUGCCCCAAUAAAGUGCUAGAAGUAAAUAUAUUUGGUCAUAGGUCUAUAACCUGUCCCUGCAGUGUAAACACUGCCUUUUCUGUGUAAGAGUUUAUUUUUCUGCUUGGUAACACCUCUAGUGACAGUCACUCAGAUGGCCACUAGGUAGAUGCAGCUAGGUACCCUAAUAUUUGGUUAAUGAAACAAAGUAAUUUACAUAUGUAGAUCUAUAAUUGAUGUAUAGAAUUAGUAGAGGAGAAAGUUACAAAAAUAAAUAAAAAAUUAGCAGCACAGAUAUGUGCUUGUUGUGUAGGUAAUAAGAGUGAAGGAAACUAAAUAAAUAGGGGCUGAUCCAGGAGCCCCGAUGUGUACGGAUUAGCUCCAGAAAUGCCCAAUGUCACUCUCCCUGUAGUAGGGAAAUGACCAUGAAAAAUCUAUAUAAAAUGUGGAGGACUAAAAGUCCUAAAUGGGAGAGUAACAAAAAAUAGGAAAGGGAGCCCUACCUUUUAAUUCUAAGGAUAAGCAGGUAACGUAAAAACUAAGGCAGAGACAAAAAAAAAUAUUUAUGGGGUGGGCUCAGUAUAGCUAGAUCCCAGUAUAGCUAGGUUGCUAGAAGCAAAGCCACUCAAUAGAUGGUAAAUACAAUCCAAACCUAAACUGAGAACUAUCCCAGUAAAUAUACAUAAAGCAUAUCCAGAGGUCAAGGAUACAUGAGUAAAGUGGAGGGGCCAAGCCCCAAAAAUAACAACUCAGAGGAGUAUAACCCUAUAUUACCUUGGCACCGUGGACUAGCCACUAAUGCUUACAUGAACCACUCUACCUUCCUAGUACAGAAAGAAAAAAUAAACUUAAACUAAGCUAGUGCAUAUUACUGCUACCAAGGGAAGUGAGUGAAAACAACAAGUAGCUUGAUGCGCAUUUCCGCGUGUCAGCACGCCGUCCUCAGGAGCAAUGUCUGUAAGCCGGCCAGCCUGUUCGAUUAUAUAUCCCUUAAUUAACAUUCAAACGUUAGCUGCUGUGUAAAAGGGGGUGUGUACAUUGGGUGUGUUGAUUCUAGCCACGUUCUGGUCAGGGGGGCAUGUGAGGUGUACACCCUCUCCUGUUCCCAUUGGGUUUUGCCUAGUCCCUGCUGGUCAAUCAAGUGUGUGAGAUGUUCAUCCCCUUUGUCCUCAUUGGAUGUUACCCAUGUGGGGCGGGAAGCAUCUCCGAAACUAUCGCAUCGUAAGUCUGCCUGCGUCAGGUGGGUGGUGUCUAUAUUAAAACUCCUCCUCCAAUGCUGGAAGACGUGCUUGAUUCGUUACAUUACUGCGGUAUCCAGACGGGAACACAAUCACGAAGGAAUCAUUCAUAUCAUGUGUGUGUAUAAGACAAUCAGCACUCCCCCAAUAGCCGUAGAUUGGUCGAUAUUCACAGAGUAGGUUCGUAUCUCCUCCCACUCUAUGUAAACAAUACAUGUAUAGAGAUUACGGAGGGCUAAUGCUUCUUAGAUACUUUAGACUUUAAAAAGUCUAAAAAUAUAUCCUAAGUGUAUGGAGUUCUACCUUGGGUAUGUAACUAUCAUGCCUCUCUUCUCAAUAUUUGUGAAUCCCUUAAUUCUCCCGUUAACCCCAUAAUUAUAGGGACAGUUUGUUAUUAAGAUGUGCCGUAAGACCACAGUGCUGUCUAUUUAAAUAGUAUCUGUGUCCCCUAUGUCUCCUUGAAUGAAAUCAAUAUUCACAGAUAUAAUCUGUGGAUUUGGGGGUAUGUAUGCAGUAAUAAAAAACUGCUGUUUACAUAUCUAAUUGCAGCAGUGAAUUAAUGGCAACUAACUCUCUGAGAUAAAAAAGUCUGUAGUUAACAGGCAAAUACAUAUGAUAAAUGUAAAGGCUUGCAUUAGUUCACUUCCCAGAUAUUUAGUAUUCUGGCUGUUUAGAUAUAUACGGUACCUCUGAUUCUAACUUUAUAAUUAUAAGCAGCUUAGGUCCAAAAUAAAUAAGAUAAGGUAAGUAAACGUAUAGCAGGCUAAAACUGCCAGUACUUAAGAGACAAAUCGUGUAAGUGAAAAAAGUAAAUAUAUACAUCAAUUAAAAAUUACCACAGUCUUAAAAAGAAAUAAGAUUAGCGUAGGGGAUAUUCUUUCCAAGAACCUUAUAUCAGCAGCUAUAGGAAGGCUAAGAAGGAGAAUCUCUCAUUCAAUCCCUGUGGGGAAAGGGUUUUCAAUUUGUUAAUCCAAUAGGAUUUCCGCUGUAUCAGCCUUCGAUCCCAACCGCCUUUGCGUUGGGUUUGUGGAAUAUAUUCUAUUACCAUAAACCAUAGUUUGUUAGAGGAAUUGGCAUGGUGUAUCUUUAGUUGGCAUGAGACUAGUGUCUCUAGAGGUCUUCUCACGGAAUAGACGUGCUCCCUAAUCCUGAAUUCAAAGGGGCGGAAGGUUUUCCCGUGUAUUUAAUUCCGCAAGCACAAGUUAGUAGAUAUAUUACUCCUUCUGUGCGACAGUUGAAGGAACGAACCAGGAAAAUUUCCUCCCCAUUACUGUCUGUAAACUGUUUGGAGUCUUAAGAUAUGUGUGGAUGUGUAGAGUACCUUUGGCUAGGUAGUGCUUGGAGGUUUUUUUUUCAGCGGUGCAAGAUGACUUUGUACUAAAGUAUCUCUUAGGUUUCUGCCUCUACGUGCAGUCACAAAGGGAAAUGGCGUGAUUACUUGUUUAAUAUGUGGGUCUGACAUUAGAAUUGGCCAAUAGCGUCUAAGGGUACCCAUCAUAUAUGUCCAGCCUGCAUCAUAAGUGACUAUGCAACAGAUCGAAUAGGCGUCCGAUGUUUGUUGGUUCCGAUCAGUAAGAAGUGUGUCUCUAUCUAAACUGAUUGCUCUAGAGUAGGCUCUCCUUAGAACCCUAUUCGGAUAGCCCUUCUCUUUGAAGGCUCUCUGAAGUUCCCAUACCUUAGUUUUAAGGUUCUCUAUGGUGGAACGAUUCUGCCGUAGCCUUAGGUAUUGCCCUAUAGGUAUACCCGCUUUUAAUGGUUGAGGAUGGUGGCUAGUCCAAUUCAACAAACCAUUGGUGGCAGUCUUUUUCCGAUACAAUGUGGCUGCCAUUUUACCUCCAGGUUGUAUCGCGAUCGUUAGAUCCAAGAAAUUAAGCUGUUUGUUGCCCAUUUCAAGAAGUUUAAAGGACCACUAUAGUGCCAGGAAAACAUACUCUUUUUCCUGGCACUAUAGUGCCCUGAGGGUGCCCCCACCCUCAGGGACCCCCUCCGGCUCUGGAAGGGGGGAAAAGGGUUAAAACUUACCUUUUUCCAGCGCUGGGUGGGGAGCUCUCCUCCUCCGUUCCUCCCCGUCGGCUGAAUUCCCCGUCGGCUGCGCGCGCAUUCAGCCGGUCGCAUAGGAAAGCAUUAUCAAUGCUUUCCUAUGGACGCUUGCAUGCUCUCACUGUGAGUUUCACAGUGAGAAUCACGCAAGCGUCUCUAGCGGCUGUCAGUGAGACAGCCACUAGAGGAUUUGGGGUAGGCUUAACCCAUUCAUAAACAUAGCAGUUUCUCUGAAACUAUGUUUAUAAAAGAAUGGGUUAACCUAGAAGGACCUGGCACCCAGACCACUUCAUUAAGCUGAAGUGGUCUGGGUGCCUAGAGUGGUCCUUUAACAAAAUCCUCAAAGUCUGUUAGAUCCUAACCAGAUGACAAACACGUCAUCUAUAUACCUUUUCCAGCAGUAUAUCAAUCCUAAAUCGGUUUGUAAGGUGGUAUCUGCCAUGAUGUGCUUCUCCCAUGCACCUUAAUAAAGGUUUGCGUAGGAGGGCGCACAAGAUGUUCUCAUGGCAAUCCCCCUUAUUUGCUGUUAUAUGGCGCCGUUGAAAAAUUUUUUUUUUUGUGAGAACAAGUCUGAGAAGUUCCGAGAUAAAAUCUAUGUAAGAGGUUGGAGGCGUUAGUUCAUGUUCUAAGGUAGUUCUAAUAUUAAAUAUCCCUAGCAUGUGUGGUAUGGAACUAUAUAAUGACUCCACGUUUAGAUUGCAUGGUGAGGCUUGCUCGGGGACAUGGAUAUCUCUCAGGAAGUUCAGCAUUUAUUUUGUAUCCCUGAUGUACGAGGGUAAUUUGGAAACGAUAGGGGACUAGACUUUAUCGAGGAAAACACUCAGAUUUUGUGUUGGUUUGCCACACCCAGACACUAUGGGCCUCAUUGAUGGAUUGUCUAAAGAUUUAUGUACCUUUUGGGAGUCUAUAGAAUGUGGAUAAUAUAGGCUGUUUGAUUAGCACAAAAUCAAGUUCGUUUUUAGUAAUUGGCUCGUCUGCAAGUGCUUGAGUAAGUUUUGAUUUAAUAUUGGUAAAAUACUGAGUCAGGAUUUGAUAUGUAUCCCUGUCAUUCAGUAGCCGAUAUACCAUCUUUAUAUAUUUAGAAUGGUCCACGAGUGCUAUAUUGCUGCCCUUAUCAGACGGUUUUAUUACUAACUCGUUAUUAGCCUUUGGUUUAAUGCCAUUCUCUCAGCAUUAAAGAGGUUACCACUAGGUUCAAAAUCCAGAGUUUUUAAAUCAGCCUUUUCAAUAUCCCUACACACCAUGUCUAGAUAAACCUCAAUAUUUUUAUAGUCUUUUAGGGAAGGUGUGAAUUUACUCUUUGUGCUGAGGUUAGUAAUGGGAAUAGUUUUUGAUCUGGUGUCAUCGCAAAAGUCGAGAAGUUCGACCAAAGAGUCGAGACAGUGUAUAUCUUUAAUUGUGAGCCCCAUACUUAAUGCUUUCUGUUCCUUCUUGUGAGUAUGGCAUUUAUGAAGAGCUAACUUACGGGUGAACAGAUGUAAGUCUUUAGUCCAAAUGUAAUUUGUUGAACGGGGGAGUAGGUACAAAGGAAAGAACUUUUGAUAAGGGUCUUAAUUUGCAUGUUCGAGAAUUUAGUUGAGGACAGGUUAAUGAGCUUUGGGUCAUUGCUUUUUAGUGACGGUAUUUCCGUUGGCCUCUGCCUCUCUGCGACUGUCUUGUCCUGGGGCCUUGGAGUUCGUCUGCCUGUCUCAAUCCUAAAAAAUCUACUCCAUUAUGCAAGAUACUCUUAGGGGCUGUCUGAGUUGAGUUUAUACUUGUAUUAGGGGGUUCUCCUUCAUUGACAGUAGAUUUAUAUUCUGAAGUACUGAAAUGAUCAGAGUAUAUUAUAACUUUUCUUUUUGUCUGACGAUAAAUCCUGCUGGUUUCAAAAUCAGCUGUGUCCCUUAUGAAUGUAUUAUGAUUUUUGAUUUUUUUUUUGGUGCGAAAACCUGUCCAAAUUAGUCAUUAGUUUACCUUCAAGACUCUGGAAUUGUGGGUCAUCUUUAAAUCUUUGUAUAUUCUCAAUUUUAAGUGUCUAGUGUUCUUUGGAUAUUGGACAGGUGCUGGGUUUGAUAUUUACAAAUAAUUGACAUUAAAGUUGAGUAACAUUUAGCUGCUUCUUCCUCCCAUUUUUGUCUAAAUCCCUCAAUCUCUAUAUUUCUAGAUGGAGGGACUAGAACCCUCAGACCCCUUGGGAUAAUUUUCUUUGUAUCCAAAGUUGUGAUUUCCCAGCUGGUUUUGUUUUGUUUAAAUGUUUUGGUUAAUUUGUUAAAGCCAGUUUGUAUAUCUGGGGAUGAGAGAGUUAGAAUGGAGGAAUUAUUGGAGAAUAUGGUGUCAGAGUUUAGAGUCUAUCUUAUUUGAUAGAAAACCAGGAUUGUAUUUACCAUCUAUUGAGUGGCAGUGGUUUUGGCUUUGCUUCUGGGCACUAGCUAUACUGAGCCCUCAUAAAUAUUUUUUUUUUUUUUUUUGUCUCUCCCUUAGUUUUUACGUUAUCCGCUCAUCCUUAGAAUUAUUAAAGGUAGGGCUCCCUUUCCUAUUUUUUGUUACUCUACCAUUUAGAACUUUGUCCUCUACAUUUUAUAUUGCUGUGUAGGUAUACUUUUGGUUUAUGAAGUAUGCAUCUUGAUGGAAGAGGAUUCUUUCCUGCUUUGGAAAUAAGACAUUUCAAUUUUGUUUUGUCUUGAUGCAGAGCAUGUAGAUAAAAAGGAGCACUUGUCUGGUGAACUAGGCGAUGAGCCAGUACAUAACUUUAAUGUUUGUGGAUUCUGGUGUAUGCUACUCUGCUUAUAGCCAUAAUCUAUUUAGAGUUGGAGGCUGUGCAGAUUCCAGUUUUGUAUUCGUCAUCCUUUUGUACUGUGAAGCUAUCACAACAGGUCUUAUCAUUUGGGAAGUUUGCACAUUCUUACUUUUUUUUUAACCAGGAAUUUGGAUGUGUAUCUUUUUUUUUUUUUUAAUCCCUUUGAAAAUACAAAUGACUUGGGGAAUGUACAUGUGUCAACAGCAGGAUGUAUUUCUGCCAGAGAAGGUCUGUAUCUUCUGGGAUAGACAUGUAGCAGUCCUAAACAAGAAAUAUAAUAAAUAGAAAAUUAAAGUCUAGUCUGCUCUUUGCAGCUAAAUUUGAACGUCAGAUGGGCCUAUUGAUAUCUAUAAACUCUGUUUUAUAAAUUUAUUUUUUUAUAUGUGUGUUUGUUUUGUUUUUUAAAGCUAUUUUAAACAUGUUUGUGAUUUUUAAACUUUUUUUGCUUGUAGGAGGAUGUUCAAAUUGAGUACCCUGCAGUUAUUGUGGAGCCAGUCCCUAGCGCCCGUGUGGAGCAAGGAUAUGCAGCUCAGAUUCUCGUGUACGAUGAUGAGACCUUCAUGAUGCAGGACGUGGCAGAGGAACAAGAGGUGGAGACUGAAACAGUAGAAAUAGGUGCGUGUUUCUUUUUCUCUUGAUUUGCCCACUUAUGCACACAUACAAAGAACAGUCAUAUAUGUUAUGUGUUUUCCAGAAAAAAUGUGGCUGACAAGGUUUGCUUUAGACACUUUAAUACUAAUUACUGAAGUCUAAAUUGCUGACACUACUGUAGAUUAUAUGUUUUGAUAACCUAAGGUUAGCUACACUUAAAAAAUGCUUGGUUCAGUCCCAGAAUGUUGUUUAAUGUACACUUCGUUAUGAUACCAUGCAGAUGCAUGUAUACCACUAUAAGUACACCACUAUAAACUAUAAUAUUUUAGAAAUACUGUAUUACUGUAAACAAAUGUGCAUUCACAUUACAUGUAUGAAAUUAUAACUUUUUUUUUUAAAAUGGCAUCAUGUCGAUUGUACUUAAGAUACCCAUAUCCAUAUUUUUUUUUUUCUUCUAACAAUGUAAUGAUUUAAUCCCUGGAGGCUGAUAUUUAUCCCAAGGUCAUCUCAAUACUGGAUGUAACUAUAUUUACUGUAUGUGAGCAUUAUUCUCAGAUAGUCUUUUAGAAAGCUGACUUCUUGGUCCAAAUUUGGAUAGAUAAUGCUACCAACCCCGACUAUAUUUAAAGGAACACUAUAGGGUCAAGAACACAAACGUAUUCCUGACCCCAUUGUUGUAAAACCACCAUCUAGCCCCACCUGGCCACCUUACUCCUCUGAAUAUAGUAAAAUCUUACUUGUAUUCAAGUCUGCAGCUGCAGCCUCUGCCCCUGAACUCUCUGUGACCUGCCUGCUGUCAUCAUCAGAAGUGGGGGUCUGAGCCAAUCACAAUGCUUCCCCAUAGUAUUGGCUGAGACGGUCAAGGAGGCAGAUCGGGGCAGAGACAGCACAAGUGAAACACAGCCCUGGCCCUAUACAACCAAGCAUUCUGCUAGCAUUUCCUGCUGCUCUAUUACAUUGUCUGCCUACCUUUAAGUCAUCAGAAAUAAUCACCCCUAAAUCAUUUUCCUCAGAUGUUGAGGUUAGGACUCUAUCAAAUAUUCUGUACUCUGCCCUUGGGUUUUUACGUCCAAGAUGCAUUAUCUUGCACUUAUCCACAUUAAAUGUCAGUUGCCACAAUUCUGACCAUUUUUCUAGUUUACCUAAAUCAUUUGCCAUUUGGCUUAUCCCUCCUGGAACAUCAACCCUGUUACAUAUCUUAGUAUCAUCAGCAAAAAGACAUACCUUACCAUCAAGACCUUCUGCAAUAUCACUAAUAAAAAUAUUAAAGAGAAUGGGUCCAAGUACAGAUCCCUGAGGUACCCCAUUGGUGACAAGUCCAAGCUUCGAAUAUAUAUUCCAUUAACUACAACCCUCUGUUGCCUGUCACUCAGCCACUGCCUUACCCAUUCAACAAUAUUGGAAUCCAAACUUAAAGAUUGCGGUUUAGUGAUAAGCCUUCUAUGUGCAACAGUGUCAAAAGCCUUACUGAAAUCUAGGUAAGCAAUGUCUACUUUAAACUUACUUCCUCUGUACACUGCCACACUUUGUAGUUAUAAGGAGCCCUUUUAGUGUAUUCCUUCUUCUGAGUUCAUUUCUUUGACCUAGUCAUUUACCUGACCUUUCUAAUUUAAUAUCCUGCAAGGUUAUGUCUUAUAGGUUAUGUCCUCUCAUCUAGCACUCCUUCCCUUAUACUUGGGGAUUUCAAUAUCCCAAUCAAUAACCCCAAUUGCACUGAUGCCUCUCGUCUGCUCUCUGUAACCUCCUCCUUUGGCCUUACGCAAUGGUCCAAUUUAGCAACCCAUACAGCAGGAAACACUCUUGAUCUUGCCUUCACCAACCUCUGUACUGCCUCUAAUCUCUCCAAUAUUCCUUUUCCUCUAUCUGACCACUAUCUGCUGACUUUUGACAUUGGCAUACCUAAGACCCAAUUGACACCACCGUCUGAACAUCACUCUCACAGAAACCUCCAAUGUCUUGACCUAGAGCAUUUCUCCACUAAUCUCCAAACUCUCCUUUUACCUAUCUCAAACCUCACCUGUCCUAGUUCUGCAACCUCCUUCUACAAUUCCACCCUCUCCUCUCAACUAGACAUCAUGGCACCUUGUACAUUUAAAUGCCUCAGGCCCCCUCCCCAACAACAACCUUGGCACACCAAGCUCACUCGAUACCUCCAAAAAAGCUCCAGAACUGCUGAACGCUGUUGGAGAAAGUCUCACUGUGCAUCUGACUUUUUCCACUAUAAAUUUAUGCUGAGCUCAGACAGCUUGGCUCUUUCCUCUGCAAAAGGUAAUUACUUCAAUACCCUCAUAACCACACUCUCCCGCGAACCCAAACGACUAUUUCACACAUUUAACUCUCUAAUUCGCCUUACUGUUCCUCCUCCACCUACUAACUUGACCACCUCAGACUUUGCAACUCACUUCACUGACAAGAUCUCUACAGUCAGAGAAGAGAUCUCUCAUCUUUCUUCUUCCCCUUACAAUACUUCCCGUAACUUCACUCCCUCUGCUGUUCUAUGUUCAUUCGCACCCGCUACAUUGGAAGAGGUUUCUGCUCUGCUACAGUCCUCCCGCCCCACCACCUGCUCCCUAGAUCCAAUUCCCUCGCAUCUCAUCCAUACUGUCGUCUUCUUUCUCCACCUCUCACUAAAAUUCUCACACUCUCUCUCCUCUGGUAUAUUUCCAUUGCCCUUCAAGCAUGCAACUGUAACCCCAAUUCUAAAGAAGCCCAAUCUUGACCCUAACUCCCCAUCCAACUAUCGUCCUAUCUCGCUACUGCCUUUUGCAUCCAAGAUCCUUGAAAAAUUGUGUAUGCGAGAUUGACAGACUUCCUCGAGUCCAACUCUCUGCUAGACCCGCUUCAGUCUGGUUUCCGCGCUAAGCACUCUGUGGAAACGGCACUGACCAAAGUAUCCAAUGAUCUACUCGCUGCAAAAUCUCGUGGUCACUACUCUAUCCUAAUUCUCCUUGACCUGUCUGCGGCUUUUGACACUGUUGAUCAUCAACAGCUUCUUCUCAUCCUCCACAAUAUCGGUCUACAAGAUAUUGCUCUCUCCUGGUGCUCCUCCUACCUCUCCCAGCGCUCUUUCAGUGUUUCUUUCUCUGGCUCUGCUUCUUCUCCCCUACUCCUCUCUGUUGGUGUUCCCCAAGGGCACCUAAGUCUAACGAGCUAGGUGGGCGAAACGCGCGCUUCAGGGGCUUUACACAUGCCGUCUUUUUAUUAGAUGAUGACAGCAACUCUAAUUGUCUUUUUUCUACACAGUUUACUUUCUAGCCGGGUUAGACUUAGAUGCCCUCAAAGGCACGGGGGGUGUAUCUGCAGCGAUAGUGCAGCUAGCUAUUUAUAGCAUUCUUUACAUUUCAGUCUUCAUUAUCUUGACAGCAUAGGCCAGUUACUACUUUAGUACCCUUGUAGGUACAGAGGCAAGCCUUUAGCGUGUUGCUUAUUUCCACUAGCACCAGAUUCUCGGUUCUAAUAUCCUCAUAUUAUUGGCUACCAAUCAAGUACUGUCUUAUCUGUCCAACUCUUCUUUGGUGCUUUUUAUUUACAGCACGCCAUUAGAUCAUUCAUUAUCAGUGGUAUAGAUUAAGAUCCGCUAUUCUAUCACUUCAGCGUUUUUCAUAGUAUUUGGCUUGGUUACAAUUAUACAUUAUUUACAUGUUAAUUACUAUAUAUUGAAACUUCCAACAGUAUACAGCAUUCAAAUGCUUACAGGCUCUAUUGGUAUAUAUGCACCUGCGAUCUCCAUCCCGAUUAAUCGCAGACAGCUCUUGAGCCAAUUGCCUAGCAUACUAGUCAAGUAUAACCUCUAUUUGUUAUGCUCUUUGUCACUGCCUUUUAUUAGAAUUACAGCACGCCACUAGAUCCUCUACUACCAGUGGCACAGAUUUAGAGCCGCUACCAUUAUCACUGCAGCACUUUUUACAGUACCUGGCUUUACCAUUAUACAUUACUUAUAUGUCAAUUAUCAUACACGGAAACUUUUAAUAGUAUACAGCAUCUAUACACUUGCAGGCUCCAUUAUUUUAUAUGUAGAACUGUGUCUUUAUCAUUAGGCAUUACACACAUUAUACCUAUCUAACAGUCAUAUGUUAGGACCUGCGGUCUCCAUCUUGACAAUCGCAGACUGUUCUUUGAGCCAUCUGUCCAGAAUAUUUUCUGCACUUAGACCACUCUUUUACAUUCCAUCACUCUCCCAUAACUAUGGCUAUUAUCAGCUAAACGUCUUUCCCAAGCAGCACAGACGUGUGCUGUCGCUCAUUGCUCUUAUACCAUUCAAGACAGUGCGUCUUAUGGUGUGGUGCGUCUUAUGGAGCGAAAGAUACGGUAGAUGUAAAGAUACAUAUGAAUAUCUAGAUAUAUAUCUUUCUCCUUUACUAAACACCACUUUGAAGUGCAGAGAAUCUAAACACAAAAUUUUUAAAUAAUUGAGAUUGUUACAGUAUAUGAUCAUACAUUGCAUUAACCUGCCACAAUGACAUAGUACUCCAUUUUUGGCAGGUCCCAUUCUAAGAACAUAAUGUAGGGUCUUAUGAGAUUAACCCAUUUACUCAUUCUCAUGGUGAAGUAUCUCUAGUGGCUCUCAGGAUGACUGCCACCAGAGGUGUGUUAACCUUGCCAUCAUAAAAUUACUGAAUAUAUUAAAUGGUAAUGGCAGUGUUUUAGAUUGUGGAAUAAAAACUGAAAGGGACAUUGCACCUAGGCCACUAAUUUGAGAAGAGUUAACUUUUUGUGGUUAACGUUCACUGCAGAAAGGCCCAGGGAGGUGGAUUACCUAAGCACCUGGGUUAAUUCCAAUAAUUUUUGCCUAAAUCAGGUGUUUUUAAAAAAGGGGAAAACACAAAACAAGAAAACAAAUACAUUUAGAGACCUUAGAAGCUGUAGUUUAGUGCGUGAGCUUGAUGGAUUCUGUAUAAGAAACAAACUAGCCGAAUGAGUGGAGAAAUGUUAUCUCUUCUUCCAGCUUUAAUAAAUGUUAGUUUAUCAGUCUCCUACAUAUGGCAGUUUACAAAGGACCAACUGGACAUUUUACUACUCUAAUGGUAUGCUUCCCUUGUCUACCAGUUUAUAACUGAAUAAUACUAUAUAUAGUGAAAUGGACUCUUUCUAUUGCUUGAAAUUACGGUAAGUGAAAAAGCUUUUGAAUAUUGCUUUUUGUAUAAUCUGUCAAAUGUACAACUAUUAAUAUUGCUCUUUUAAUGGUGUUAUUAAUGGUCUCGUUUAAAACCAGUGGAAUACGGGAGGAAACCUUUAUAUUAUUGAAGGUUUGUAGAAUUAAAUCUUGUACUUUGCUUUUACUGUUUUGGAUCCAUAAAAGUGGAAAAAAUUUGGGGCAUAUUGAUACAAAGACCUGUGUAUACCUGAUAUGUGACAUGAACCUUACAAGGCACUGACUAUUUUAAACUAUCACUUAGGUAAUAAAGCAGAGACAAGCAGAACUUGGUUAUUAUUAUGUUAGCAAUACCAGUACUCUGUUUUGUGAGUUCCCCUACUCCAAAGACUAUGUCUAUAGUAAAGAAAUGAAAAAAAAAAAAAAAAAAAUAUAUAUAUAUAUAUAUAUAUAUAUAUAUAUAUAUAUAUAUAUAUAUAUAUAUAUAUAUAUAUAUAUAUAUAUAUAUAUAUAUAUAUAUAUACAUACAUACAUAAAUAAACACACAAAAAUAAUUUCAGGAGAAUUUUAUUAAAAUAAGAAGCUGACCUUAAAAUAUUUUAAAUUAAAGAUGCAAAUUCUUCUAUAUUCUAAAACUAAGCUGAAGAUCACUUUUCUUAUACACUGUUAAUGAGCUGGAAUUUGUACAAGCUCAAUCUGUGUAAGAAGUUGUUGGGUUUUUCUCCCCCCUCCCCACCCCCACUUCUCUUUGCUGAUCAACUGAUCUGUCAUAAAGUCCAGCAUACAAUACAAGCAUAGAUGUUUUAGAGAAUAUUAAUAGAUUAUGCGCACACAUUUUUGAAAGCGAGCAUAACAGAACGAAAAGUGGGGAAGGUAGAGCCGUGAUCUAUGUUACAUUCAGAAGAAAUGCAAAAAGCAGGACUAAACGUUUUAGAACCGUCAUGGUGGAAGAGGGUAUAGUGACUGUAGGAAACCACCUCUUAUUUCAAAAAGUAAUCUACAUAGUUACAAAGCUGAAGAGACUUGCAUCCAUCAAGUUCAGCCUUCCUCAUAUAUGUUUUUUGCUCUUGAUCCAAAAGAAGGUAAACAAACCCAGUUUGAAGCACUUCCAAUUUUGCAACAAACUAGGAAAGAAAAAUCCUCCUUGACCCCAGAAUGGCAGUCAGAUUAAUCCUUGGAUCAAGAAGCUAUUGCCCUACAUUGAAAUAUGGUAUCCUUGAAUAUUCUGUUAUUGCAAGUAUGAAUCUAGUUGCUGUUUGAACAUCUGUGCAGACUCUGAUAAAAUCACUUCUUCAGGCAGAGAAUUCCACAUCCUUAUAAUUCUUACCGUAAAAAAACUUUCCUUUGCCUUAGACAAAAUCUUCUUUCUUCCAGUCUAAACGCAUGACCUCGUGUCCUAUGUAAAGUCCGGUUUGUGAAUAGAUUUCCACACAAUGGUUGCUCAAAGCUGGCCCGGCCUCUUUCCUCAGAGCCGGCCUCUUUCCUCGGUGCCGGCCCGGCCGCCUGCAUUCCUCAGAGCCGGCCCGGCCACCUGCAUUCCUCAGAGCCGGCCCGGCCGCCUGCAUUCCUCAGAGCCGGCCCGGCCGCCUGCAUUCCUCAGAGCCGCCUCCAGCCCGCCCCUUUAAGCAGAGCCGGCUGCCCACCCUUUUCCCUGCACGCUGGGAGGAAAUAAGUACAGUUCCCUUCAUUUCCUCCCGGCACACAGAGAUCUGCAUGGGCUGAGGAGACAGGAGGAGGGGGAGUCUUGAAAAGCAGCAGCUGCUCCCAUCACCCGCAGCCAGCCCCCACUUACCUAUUGUCAUUUGCUCCUGCCCAGUGCCACUGGACCCUUGGGAAGCCACCCUCUGAGCCCAAAAGGUAGGAAACAAGAGGAUGGCAAAAAAAAAAAUCUAUACACACCAGACCACUACAGUAAGCAUUGUAUUUUUGUCUUUUUCAAGCAAUCACACGAAAUUGGAAGUCUGUCUUGACUUACAAUCUCGUGUGAUUGGUGGUCUAUCAUAAACUGGUGUUUUAUGCCUCUGGUGCUGUUUUAUGCCUCUGGUGUUGUUUUCAGUCCCUUUGUAAGUAUUGCUCACGUAUUUUAUAUGCCUAUCGAUCUUGGAGGCUAUGAUGCUUGAUAGGUCUUUCCACGUUGUGGGGGGGCAGGCGAUUGGUCGAUAAUUAACCACUAUUGAUCUACCUUGAGGGUGUUUGUUGCUAGUACAUGGUUUAUUUGUGCUGCUAGGUGUUCACGCAGCAUUUGUUUCGUUAUCCAGUAUGUGUGGAUCGUGUCAGGUGCUUGCCAAACUUUCAUGUGGGCUACUUAUUGUUGUAUAUCACUGACUGUAAUGCCGACUAGUUGCUCCUCUGGGUGCAUGCAGAGGUCUACUUUCAGGAGUAGCCACAGGACGUUGGUGUUAUGUGAAUCUUUGAUGUUCUUAAAGUACUGGUAUGUCUUGGCUCUUGUUGAUGCACAGCAGCAGUGCACACACCUUGGAUGGCUCUUUGGUAAACAGGACAUGUAUUCUCUUAGCCUUUGCUUCUCUAGUGUAGCUGCUCAUUGUUAAAGGACCACUAUAGUGCCAGGAAAACAAACUUGUUGGGCAGAAGGGGGCUGAAAGGGGUUAAACACUUACCUUUCUUCAGUGCCGGGCUCCCUCAGCGCUGGACACUCUCCUUCCUCUUCUGAUGUCAUCCGCCGCAUGCGCGGCAAGAGCCUUCAAUCAGUCCACGGGAAAGCAUUUCUUAAUGCUUUCCUAUGGACGGCAGCAUCUUCUCACUAUGAAAAUCAGUCGGAAGCGCCUCUAGCGGCUGUCAAUGAGACAGCCACUAGAGACUGGCAUAACCCUAAUGUAAACAUGCACAUACAUACAUAAGACAGAACAGUAAGAUAAUGCUGGGGGAGUGUUCAUGUAAAAUGUUGGUAGUGGGACAGGAAACCCAAAUCAAUAUUUAGUGCUCUAUUCUUUCUGUUAAGCAAAGUUUUUCUUUCUUGGGUAUUAUUAAAAACCCCUUUCAGUACUUUGAUUUUUAGGUCCUUCAUUGAGUGGCCAGACUGGGUAAAAUGGUGUCCCACAAGAGUGCAGUAGGAUUCUUCUUUGUGGUGUUUAAUGGAGUGUCUGUGCAUAUUCAUUCUGCCAUUUAAUUGCUGGGUGGUUUCCCCAAUGUAGCAUCCUAGGUGGCACGUGGUGCAUUGAAUGUAUACCACAUUGCUGGAUGUGCAGGAGUAUGAUCCUUUAAUGCUGUAGGUUUUAUUGUUGUGUGUGGCUGUGUUGUCUGUGCAUAUGUGCUGGCACAGUUUGCAGCGAGGGUUUUUUGCAUUGACUGGUCCCGUUUUCUUUAUUCUUCCCAUCAGUGGGCAGCUUCCUGUUGAUUCAUUUUUGUUGGAGGUUUGGUGGUUGUCUGAAAGCUAAAAUGGGUGUUUCAGAGAAAACGUUUUUCAGAUUCUCAUCUUCUGUUAACAUUGGUUGUAGGUCUUUAAUGAUUUUCCGUGUUUCCUCAAGAGUUGGGUUGUAGGUGACCACAGUUUCUCUCUGUACUGUAGCAAGUGCGUGCAUGGCGUUUUUACAGCAGAGUUGAAUUGUUUGGGAAUAGUUUUUGGUUUGACAUUACAGUCAGUGAUAUACAACAAUCGUUUUUGGUUUGUAGCCUUUCUGUCUCAUAGAUUGAGAAAGUACAACCUACAACCCAACUCUUGAUGGUGUAAAAACGCCAUGCACGCGCUUGCUACAGUACAGCAGAGUUGAAUUGUUUGGGAAUAGUUUUUGGUUUGACAUUACAGUCAGUGAUAUACAACAAUAAUCGUUUUUGGUUUGUAGCCUUUCUGUCUCAUAGAUUGAGAAAGUACAACCUACAACCCAACUCUUGAAGAAAUAAGGAAAAUAAUUUUCUCCAUUUGUGACAUUGUUCAUCUUCUGCUGUGAAGACGCAUUGGCAUAUGAGACCAUUGGGUAUUUGAUUGGUGCCGAAGGGAAUAAAAACUCUCUUCUGACACUUACCUGAUUUCCGUUCGAAUGUACAUUGGCGCUGGUUCAGGCUCCACCGACAUUGUCAGGCAUAGGUGUUCGCUUUAAUUAGCACUAAUUUGGGGUCCACAGAGAUGUCCCCCACAGAUGUGAAGCAUUUUCUAGUGCCCUUAUGAGCAGUAUGUGCUCAAAGACAGCUGUUUUCAUGGGAGUGGGUCCGGAGCUGGGGAACAUGGCUGCCGCUCGGCAUUUCUAUCUUGUAUUGUUCAAGUUGUUAAAAUACUUCUGUGAACCAAUGAAAAGUGUUAUUUUGCAUGCUAGAUUUGGAACGUUUGGUUGAUCUUUGCUAACUUGCAGCGAGUAGUGCUAAGUUUGUUACAGACACAAGAAUGUAGCUUCCAUUUUGUAUCUUAUAAUACCAACCGUCAAAACUUUCUCAGUUCCUAAAAUGUUUUUAAAAAGUUUUCGAUGUAAAUAGUGCAGUGCACAUACAUGCAAAAACAAACCAGUAGGGUGUACUUUUCUCUAUAAUGGGAGAAAAUGGGGGAGAAGCUGAUGUGGUUUUAUGCUUGCUGUAGUUUGAGAUUUUUUUUUUUUUUUGACACAUUUUCAGACUUUUAAUUUGUAGAUGCCAAAUGUAAUUUCUCAUUUAUUACUCGAAGUUCUGCAUGAUGCAGUUUUGCUUCUUACAUGAGCAUGCUGCAGUGACUUUAUUCACAAUGUAGCAGUAAAGGCAUACUCCUAGUACCAUAACCAUUACAGGAGUGCCCUUGAUCCCUCUCAAAAUAAGUAGUCAUACUGUUUUUUUUUGUUUGUUUUUUAAGACUGGAUGACUGCUUUACCUGGUUACCGCUAGACAUCCACCUCGCCGGAUGCUGGAAAUUCCUGCAACAUGCUUCUUUUAGUUCCACUAAGCUUUCUCUGCCAUUUGGGACCCAGCUGAUUAGCUGAGAGCAUCAGCUGAUUGUUGUCCGCCAGAAAGCACUGCUAUGCACAGCCAGGCUUACCUGGAAGCAGGGAAAGUGGUGCUUUGACUACUUACUAUGAGAAGGUGCAAAGGUCCUGAUGGAACCAUAUCACUGCAGAUGGCUAUAGUGGUUAUAGUAAUCUUUUAAAAUGUUGCAUUGCCUAUCACCAUACCUGCAUAUGGUGUUUAGAUUCCUUACCCUUAAUAUUUUCUAGCUUGCACCUGAUCUUAUUUUGUCUGAAAGGAUACACAUUUUCUAUUUUGAAUUAUUCUGGAUAUUAUAAGUCUUCUUCCAUAAUUUUCAUCAGCAUCCUAAAUUUUGCAGUCAGACAGUGGCCACUGUGCACCCUUAUCAUAGUUGCUAACCACCAGUCGAUUUACAAACCAUCCUUAACAAUAACUUUUUCAUAUGUCCACAAGGUCCAUCAAUUUUGUGACUCGUUAGUAAACUGUAGGUGUUGAAUGCUGUUGCUAAUUAAAGAAAAGCCUGUGGCUGCUCACUGUUUACUAGACAUGCCCCUACUCGCGGUAUAGCGAAUAGGGGCAGAAUUUACUAAUACUAAGUAAUCUUUACUUAAUAUUAGUAAAGUUGGCUGAAAGACUAAUUUAGGUCUUUCAGCAUUUUAGUAGAUAACUCCCUGAUACCGUGGGAAUUAGGGAGUUAUCUACUAAGCGGCUGCAAGAUGCAGCCACAGCACGAAUAGGAUCGGACUUUCAUUCAUUCGAAUGAAAUUGCGAUCCGAACAAAGUCCCGAAUUGCAUCCUAACUCGAAUGGAGAAACUGUUCUUAUUCUGUUAGGAUGCAAUUCGGCAGUUUUGUCGGCGUUCUGUCUAAGUGACCGGACGUUCGGCAAUACUGACAGGAAGCAUCAUGGGAACAAGGAGGAAAGCUAAGGAUCAUGGCAAACUUUGCUCCUCCGCUGGUCAAAGCUGGUUAAGCGGAGGAAACCUCCAUAAGGCAAAGAGUCCCUACUUUGUCUUAUGAUUUUAAAGAAAACUAAAGAAGACAGGAAGAAAAGAAGAACAGAUCCUGAGAGAGGGGGAGAAGAGGAAGAGAUUGAGGAAAGGUAAGUUCGGCAUGACAGUGCCGCUUUAAUUAAAAUGUAUUGGCAAACUGGCACUUCUGUAUUAGUGCAAAAAUAAUCCCAAAUUAUUAGCAAUACAUUAAGAAACCUUUAUUUUCUCCGCUAUAUUUUAAAUACCAAGACAUUCCUCGACUGGCAGAUGUUUUAAUGUGAAGUGACUACUUUGAGCAUUAAAACAUUUCCCUUUCUUAGAACUGUAAAUGUAAUUUUCAGAACAUUACAAACAUGCAUACCUGCAAGACAUCAAUUUUCUUGGUGGAGAUCCAGAUGGAGACAAAAGCAUCUGCAAAAGUAUGCUCAAAACUGAGGCACUCUUCUUGUGUAUAGGAAAAGAACUAUACUCACAAUAGGGAUUAUAGAUAAACAGUUAUGUUUAAUGGGUUUAUGGGUAAUUGGGUUUUUUGUUUUUUUCUGGAUCUUUUCUUAUUUGCAUCUAUUUAUUCCCAUACUUACUCUAAACUACUUAUUGCGCUUCUUGUUAUUUUCCCCUAUUUUAUUUGGGUUCUUUUGAUUUUUUUUUUUUCCGUGUGCUUUUUGACAAAUGUGCUAUGUCCAUUGUAUAAAACAGGAGAUUCAAAUCUGCACAUCGUGCCAAAUGUAAAAUUUUCUGAGGCAGGUUAGCAGUUUUCACAUUCUUUUUAAUGUGCACUGCUCAAAAAAAUAAAGGGAACACAAAAAUAACACAUCCUAGAUCUGAAUGAAUUAAAUAUUCUCCUGAAUAAUUGUACGCCCUCCUGUCUUUCCUUACUUACCCGGUUGCCGGCAGUCCCACGCCGGCGGUCGCGGUGGGGGGGACUCCCAGGGAGCCUCCUCCUCCGGUGGCCCCAGGCCAUGUGAGAGUGAGGUCCUUGCGAGGACCUCACAAUCACAUGGCCGGGUAGGCUGCCUCCUGCAUUGCCAGCAGGGGGGCUGCCUGUAAUGACAGGUGGUCCGCCUGCUGGCUGAAAAUAAAAGUAAAAUAAAUUAAAAAGUGUAAAAAAAAAUAAAAAUAAAAAAUGUAUACUUAGAUCAUAUAAAUAUUAUAUAUAUAUAUAUAUAUAUAUAUAUAUAUAUAUAUAUAUAUAUAUGAAUGAUCUAAGUAUAUAUAUAUAUACACACACACACACACACACACAAAUACAUACACACUCUUACACUGUCUAGGUGUAUUUUACUAUUUAUAUAUAUAUAUAUAUAUAUAUAUAUAUAAUCAAAUUACACGUAGACUGAUACUGAUUAAAUAUAUAUAUUUCGUUCUAACCGUAUUGUGAUAUUAAUAUAUAUGUAUUUAUAUCAAAAUACACGUAGAACGAAAUAUAUAUCUACAUACAUAAAUAUAUACGUAUAUAUCACUAUAUAUACCUAUAUAUAAAUAAAAAUAUUUUAAAAAAUUAUAUAUAUAUAUACACACAUAUAGAUUCUCAAACGUGUGUGUGUGUGUGUGUAUAUAUAUAUAUACAUAUAUUAAUUCUACAUAUAUAUUUAUGUAAUAUUUUUACAUAAUUAGGUAUCUUAAUUAAUUACAAUUAGCAGGACCUGCCUGACAACCCAUGCCGAAAGUAAAAUGAAUUUAAUUUGCUAACACUAUAUUUAACCCUAUAAUUUUCCAAUACACCAUAAAACCUGUACAUGGGGGGUACUGUUGUACUCGGGAGACUUCGCUGAACACAAAUAUUAGUGUUUCAAAACAGUAAAGUGUAUUACAAUGAUGAUAUCGCCAGUAAAAGUGACGUUUUUUUGCCUUUUUCAUGCACAAACAGCACUUACACGGACGAUAUUAUUGCUGUGAUACUUUUUACUGUUUUGAAACACAAAUAUUUGUGUUCAGCGAAGUCUCCCGAGUACAACAGUUCCCCUCAUGUACAGGUUUUAUGGUGUUUUCAAAAGUUACAGCGUCAAAUAUAAGGCUUGCGUUUCAUUUUUUUCACAUUAAAAUUCGCCAGAUUGGUUACGUUGCCUUUGAGACCCUAUGGUAGCACAAGAAUGAAAAUUACCCCUAUGAUGGCAUACCAUUUGCAAUAGUAGACAACCCAAGGUAUUGCAAACAGGGUAUGUCCAGUCUUUUUUAGUAGCCACUUAGUCACAAACACUGGCCAAAAUUGGCGUUUUUUGCAUUUUUCACACACAAACAAAUACUAACGCUAACUUUGGCCAGUGUUUGUGACCAAAUGGCUACUAAAAAAGACUGGACAUACCCCAUUUGCAAUACCUUGGGUUGUCUACUAUUGCAAAUGGUAUGCCAUUAUGGGUGUAAAUUUAAUUCCUGGGCUACUAUACAGUCCCAAAGGCAACGUAACCAAUCUGGCGAAUUUCAAUUUCAAAUGUAACAUGCUAUAUUUGACCCUGUAACUUCCCAAAAUGCCAUAAAACCUGUACAUAGGGGGUACUGUUUUACACGUGAGACUUUGCUGAAAACAAAUGUGUAUUUUAUUGCAGUAAAAGCAAACAGUAUUAUGACAUUGACCGUUAAAAUGUCAUGUAGAACUAAAAAAAAAAAAACCUUAUUUUCUCCAAUUUUUUUUCAUAUUAAAUUGUUACAUAGCUAAAUAUUUGAUAUUAAAUGCAAGCCCUGUUUCCCCUGAAUAAAAUGAUAUAUAAUAAGGGUGGGUGCAUUUAAUAUGAAAGAGGUGAAUUACGGUUGGACAAACUUGUAGCGCAAAUGCCAGGUUUUGUUUACCUUUUGUUUCGUUCACAACGUGUACAUUUGGCUCCGUCCUUAAGGGGUUAAUCGAUUUCUCUUCUCUCCCUCUGUCAGGAUCUGUUCAUUUCUUUCUGUCUGCUUUAGUUUUCUUUAAAACAUAAGACAAAGUAGGGCGUACUUUGUCUUAUGGAGGUUUCCUACACUUGACCAGCUUUGACCAGCGGAGGAGCAAAGUGUGCUUCGUUUCUGGUGAUCAAAGCAAUUUCCCACAAUUCUCACCUUUGAACCGUGAUCUCGCGAUGCUUCCUGUCAGUAUUUCCGAAUGUCCUGUCACUUAGACAGAAUGCCGGCAAAACUACCGAAUUUCGUCCUAACAGAAUGAGAACAGUUUGUUCAUUCAUGUUAGGGCGCAAUUCGGGACUUUGUUCAGAUCGGAUUUUAAUUUAAAUGAAUGAAACUCCGAUCCGAUUUGUGCCACAGCUGCAAGGUUUAGUAGAUAACUCCCUAAUUCCCAUGGUAUCAGGGAGCUAUCUACCAAAAGGCUGAAAUACAUAAAUUGGUCUUUAAGCCAAAUGUGGGGGGAGAGGAGGGGGGCUAUUUUCCUCCCACCCCUAAGCGGCGGGUGGGGGCACUAAAUAACAAUAAGGGGACGACAACCCAUAAAUAUAUAUAUAUAUAUAUAUAUAUAUAUAUAUAUAUAUAUAUAUAUAUAUAUAUAUAUAUAUUUAUUUAUUUAUUACAGGCUGCAACUGACAUUUAAGAUGUUUUACAAUUACAAUUCAUACUUUCAUACAGGUUUCUAAAGGUACAAAACUCAUUGUUAAUAUAUUAAUCACUUCACUCUAAGACCAAGAACUGCAGAUCCCUCAAGGUCAGUUUAAGAGUGACAUGACGACAGGCUUCCUGCAUUCUCAGCUGCUUUUUCUGGGAGGGGAUCUGAUCGGGUUUGUGUAUAAUACCCUUCAACUUUUAAAUUAGGGAUUUCUCUCUGAUUAAAGGCUUGGUCCAGCAUUUUAACUCAUGUUUAAUUCCCCAUUAUUAGAUGAAAUAUAAAAUAUACUAGUGCCAAUAUUUUGCUAUACACUAUAAUUAAUCCCACAGGGGUGUUUCCACAGCAGUCUCCUUCACACACGGCUGAUUUGUAUCCUGUUUCCCAGCAAAUCAGCUUUUCCAUAAUAUAAUUAAAGAGAAACAUUUGCUUAAAUACUGUCUGAAGCACGUGUCAAACUGCAUUUAGAUUUGUGCUGUUGGAUAGAGUAAAUAUCCACAAUACUGUAUACAAAGAGUUAGGUAUUAUGUUGUUAUGGAGCUAACUAGUUAAAUACAUUUUUAAUUCACUUGUACAUUGUAGCUUUAAUUUUUCCACUAAGUGGUGUGGAUGUAUUGUCCCUAUCCUUUUAGCCCUGCAGGAAAAACCAUGUUUACAUUGCAGGGUUUAGCUGCCUCUAGUGGUUGCUUCUCUAACUGCCACUAGAUGCACUUGCAUCUAAGUAGCUAAGUGAAACCGUGGAAAUGGCCUCCCAAUGCUUUCCUAUAGGAGAUCAUCAAUCGUGGAAUAGUUGAGACCGGCGCUGCCAGAGAGAAAACAGAAGUAAAACGUGUUUGUUUUUUUCCUGCUCUUUUACAAAAAAGGGGGCAGAGACACAGUCAAUAUGAGUAUUUCAUAAAUAUUCUAUCUCUAAGAAAAUCUUAUGUUGCAUGGGGUGACAGUGCAGCUUUAAAGGGGACUUUUUGCAGUCCAUCUGUUUGCCAAUAGCCUUAUUGGCAAAUGUAUGUGGAAUUCCACUGACUGUAAGAGCAAACAGAACAUCAGCCAAACGGAAGUAUAUGAAAUUUGGCUGAAACAAUUUGCCUCAUUUCGACUGUAGAAGGCUUUCAGCUGGAACAGAUGACUUGGAACAACCUAAUGACAUUUGAGAAAUGCUUAGAGUAUAAGUCUGACUCUUUCAUUGUCAUUCUAGUGAUGCAGUUGGCAUUUGGUUUUUCUUCUGUCAUUAACUUAAAUAAAUAAAAAAAAUUAAAAUGGUAUCGGAUGGCACAAUAAGUCAAGUGAAAAUGGGUAGCUAUAGUGUCCCGAUAGGUAAGCAUAUACAUUUUUUGUCUUUUGCUUAGGUGAUAUUUAUUGGGGAUUAUACCUAAACAUUUUCACUUUAUUUAUAGUAAUGUUUAGCCAUGCUGCAAAGAAUUGUUUUUUUGGUUUAUAGUUUCACAGGUUUUGAGAGUUUGCCUGAGGUGUUGAAGGUUUACAAAAGGAUUCUCGUUACGCAUUUUAUAUAUUUUUCUCUCCCUUAUGUCCUCUCUUCUGCCCUUUCCCUUGCAAUUCAUUUCACUCUAAUUGACCACUUUAGUCCAUUACUUAUCUUUCUUUACUCCCCCUACUAGCAAUCGUAACAUCUUUUUCACCAAUCUUGAGUGCAUGGAGCAGCAUACCUAUCAGGCACAUCAUGAUGCAGUAUCUUUACUUGCACUGUCAUUAUUUGCUUUUGAAGAUAACAAAGUGUGGAUAGAUUUUUAAAAACAAGCUGAUGAUGAACAGCAUUUUAGUUUUCUCUACAGCAUUGACACAGAGAAACUCCUUUUUCUUUCACUAAAUAUAGUAGACAACACCCCUCAUGCUUUCCACAUGAGGUGUGCACAAAUAAGAAUCAUUCCACAAUCUCCAUAUCGGGUUUUUCAAAGUAGUCUUGGAGAGCUUGCAAGAUCUAAGGUCUGAUUUCCCAGUCGUCCUCUUUUGAUUUUUUUUUUUUUUUUUUUGGGUAUGCUAAAUGUGCACACAUUUAUAAAUCUCUCUUCAGGAUUUGUCCAUUGCUCUCUGUUUCUCACUCCGUGUCCAUCCUAUUUGUGGUUUUCUCUUUUCACCUUAUUUCUAAGUUCUCCACCUUAUUCUGCAGACUGAAAUUACAAUCUUUUUACUGCAUAGUUGCACUGCAAACAUGCUUAUUUCUUCCAAAGAUAGUGUCUUCUGCAUUUGUUGACUUUCCAAGUGCAACAAGUAUUCUACCAGGCAUAUAGUCAUCUAGGGUAAAAAGCCAUCCCUCAUAUGCAAGGCUGCUGUUUAAUAUUUGAUACUUUCAGGUGUUUUAGCUACUUUUAUGCAUGAACUUUUUCUAGGUCAUUCUUCCUGUUUAGACAGCUGAACUUGGCACAUUCUGCUUGUUUGAUUUAUUAUUGAUAUUUAUAUAGAGUCAAAAUAUUACAAAGCACUUUAUAAUUACGUUAAAGGGUGAGAGAGGCUCUGCUCAAACGAGCUUACAAUCUAUAGUAACCAGCUUAAAAUGUUAAAAUUUAGUUUCUUGUUCCUGUUUAUUGGUUAACAAUAUUAAAGCAGCUCCCCCCCUUCCCACACACCAAAAAAAGAUACAAUCUUUAUAAAAUACUCACAUCACUGUUAGAAUUUCACUAAAAUUCCAAUGUAGUCAAAAUAAUAAGACUAUGUAGGGUUUGCUUAUUCUUAUAUAUUUUUCCUCCACUUGACCAAAGGGGUAGCUGUGCUUUCAGGUUUCGCUAAUACCUUUGGCCUUCACUAGUGACGUCGGUGGGAUAAAAAUUAUUUCACUGAUAAAAAAGAUAUCUUUAUUGAUACUAUGUAUUAGGGAUCGACCGAUUAUUGGUCUGGCCGAUAUUCGGUAUUUUCGGCAAUCUCUGUAUCGGCCAAUAAAGAUAUAACGAUAUUGCCAAUAAUACAUACCAGGACCGCAGCAAGCUCUUACUUACCUUCCCAGCAGCUCCCCAGUGUAAAUCUUGAGUCCCGCGGCCUUCAGAGCCUUGCCACGGGUUACAAUGGCAAUGCUCCGCGCGGCACACUAGUCGCAAGAUUUACACUGGGGAGGUAAGUAAGCGAUUGCGGGGCCCCCACUGCACAGUCCAUGCCACGGGAUCACCAGGGAAUGCCAUAGCCCCCCUCCCUGGCCAGGUUACAAGCAGGGAGGGGGGAAUUAAAAAAAAAAAAAAUACAAAUUCCUUCCCUUCCCCCUCCAUUUUACACAAAUUACAUACCUACAGAAACACACACACUCUGCAUUAUAUACACGCACUACACAAACACACACUCUGCAUUCAUUAUAUAUACACACACAUACUCUGCAUUCAUUAUAUACACACACACACACACACACACACACUCUGCAUUCAUUAUAUAUACACACACACACACACUCUGCAUUCAUUAUAUAUAUACACACACACACACACACUCUGCAUCCAUUAUAUACACACACACACUCUCUGCAUCCACUACAUGUGGCAUGUAUAUUUUCUGCAUUUACCUUUAGAAAUAGUUUUAUUUUAUUUUUAUUUAUUUUUUAAUGGUAAAUGUACAGAAUAUCGGUAAGUUAUCUUGCCUGUACUACAUUCCCAGGCAAAGCACACCAAGUUGCGAUGUUAGAAAUGGGUUACCAUUUGCUUAUUAACCUUGCCAUUUCAACUACACAAUCAUUAAUAAAGAGUUUAUCCUACCUUUGCUGCUAUAACAACCUCCAUUUUUAGUAAUGCUUUCCAAUGCUGGUACAUUUAUGUAAAGAUUUCCUUAAGUGGCACAGUCACUUAUGAUCCCCAGAUGACAUAUCCAAUUGUAUCAUGAGUGAUGUGAGUAAUUAAACUUACCUGGUGCUACCCUUCCUGAGAACUGCUCAGAUACUUGAGACUAUCACCAAUGAGACCAGUGCUGUGAGGGAGAAAAGGUAAGUAACCUACCUUUUUAACCCUUGCAGCAGGGAACCCAGAAAAUAAAAAGUGACUAGGGAACAUUUUGUUCAUAACACUAUAGUAUUCCUUAUAUAUGAUCACUAUAGGGUCAGGAACACAAACAUGCAUUCCUAACCCUAUAGUGUUAAUACCACCAUCUAGCCCCCUGGGCCCCUCAUGCCUCCAUAAAUAUAGUAAAAUCUUACUGUAUUCAAGCCAGAAGCUGUAGAUCUGCAUGCUGUUUGCCACACAAAAAAAACAAGCAGUCUGCUGACAUCAUCAGAAGUGGUAGCCUGAUCCAAUCACAAUGCUUCCCCAUAGGAUUGGCUGAGACUGACAGAGCCAGAUCAGGGGCAGAGCCAGCAUGAUUCAAACACAGCCCUGGCCAAUCAGCAUCUCAUCAUAGAGAUUAAUUGAAUCAAUGGAUCUCUAUGAGGAAAGCUCAGUGUCUGCAUGCAGAGGGGGGAGACACUGAAUGUUUGGAUGCAUUUUAGGCAGCCACGACCCAGGAAGGAUCUGUAACAAGCAUCUGAGGAGUGACCAGUGAAGUUAUCACUAGGCUGUAAUGUAAACACUGCAUUUUCUGUGAAGAGACAGUGUUUACAGCAAAAAUCCUGAAGGUAAUGAUUCUACUCACCAGAACAAAUUCAAUAAGCUGUAGUUGUUCUGCUGACUAUAGUGUCCCUUUAAAGGACCACUCUAGGCACCCAGACCACUUCAGCUUAAUGAAGUGGUCUGGGUGCCAGGUCCAGCUAGGGUUAACCCAUUUUUUCAUAAACAUAGCAGUUUCAGAGAAACUGCUAUGUUUUAUGAAUGGGUUAAGCCUUCCCCUAUUUCCUCUAGCGGCUGUCUCAUUGACAGCCGCUAGAGGCGCUUGCGUGCUUCUCACUGUGAUUUUCACAGUGAGAGCACGCCAGCGUCCAUAGGAAAGCAUUAUGAAUGCUUUCCUAUGUGACCGGCUGAAUGCGCGCGCGCAGCCAGUCGACGGGGAGGAGAGAAGGAGGAUCGGAGGAGGAGAGCUCUCCGCCCAGCGCUGGAAAAAGGUAAGUUUAAACCCCUUUCCAGAGCCGGGCGGGAGGGGGACCCUGAGGGUGGGGGCACCCUCAGGGCACUAUAGUGCCAGGAAAACGAGUAUGUUUUCCUGUCACUAUAGUGGUCCUUUAAGUUAAAAAUUAACAGGUUUUUUUUCCCCCACAGACAAUUUAAAUAUCUGCAUAGACUUUUUUUUUUUUUUUUUUAAUUAAACAUAACCACUUGGCAGUCUCAUUUGAAAUACCUGUGUGGCCUACAAUUUUGUGGCUGAAGGUUUGCUGUUCCUAGAAAACUCAAUUUCAUAAGAGCAGCACUUUUAGAUGAGCUGUCCAAUUAUACAAAGGUAAACAUCUAUAUCUGUCUUCAAGGAAAUUUGUUUUCUAUUAAAUUAAGUCAGAGCUCUGGCGUAAAGGUCUUUUUGUCUGUUGACAUUGCAUUGCUCUGCAUGACUUAUGCAUUUUUCAGCAAUGGGUAUAGCUGAAAUUAGGAAAUCAUUAAUUAAAAGUUGUCUACUGGAGUUGUUUCAGUUUUCAUAACUUGCUUUCAAUUCGAAUGCAGACUGUGCAGCUAAUGCAGUGAGCUCUCACCCAACCUACACAUCAUUUAGUUAGCUAUAAUUAUUAGUACAUCUGGCUCACACAUAAUUCUUCUUAAGAAGAAAUGGAAAUGCCUGUCAGGUCACAGACUCUGGAUAACCUUUGUUUUGUUUGCUAUGGAUCUAAUAUUAUACACUUUGCUGUAUAUGAAUUUUUAAUUGAAGUAAUAGCUUUCAUAGUAUAGUAAAAUUGUAAGUGGCCAGGUUGUUCUCUGUAUAACUUAUGUACGUUUACUAAUGAAAUUAUAAGAAAAUGUCACAUACAUCCAUAUUUAUCAAAGAAAACCAGGUGCUGAUUUGGUGGCAAACUGCUAUUUAGAGAUUGCCAUGGAAACCAAGAGAAUAAUUGGCACCAUUUAGUACUUUGCCUUAGAAUGUCUAUUGUUUUUGCCUUGAUAAACAUGGCUUCUAGCCUAAUAAUUUACCUAUGGUAAAUUGUGAUCUGCAUUAAAGUAUCCAAAAAUUGAUUGACGGUCCUGCCAGUUAUGUGAGUGCAGGUUAUGGCUUAUGAUGUGUUUGCUUUACAUUAAGGGCCAGUUUACCUAUGUGAGUGAGAUCCAGCUUGGGGAAGGGCACAGUGAGAUCUAGCAGUGAGGGGCAUUGUUUGGGGGUGCUCAUUCAGUGAGGGGCCAGGCUGGCAGUGUUUGGGGGUGCUCACUCAGUGAGGGGCCAGGCUGGCUGUGUUUGGGGGGUGCUCACUCAGUGAGGGGCCAGGCUGGCUGUGUUUGGGGGGUGCUCACUCAGUGAGGGGCCAGGCUGGCAGUGUUUGGAGGGUGCUCUCACAGUGAGGGGCCAGGCUGGCUGUGUUUGGGGGGUGCUCACUCAGUGAGGGGCCAGGCUGGCAGUGUUUGGGGGGUGCUCUCACAGUGAGGGGCCAGGCUGGCAGUGUUUGGGGGGUGCUCAUUCAGUGAGGGGACAGGCUGGCUGUGUUUGGGGGGCUCACUCAGUGAGGGGCCAGACUGGCAGUGUUUGGGGGGCUCACUCAGUGAGGGGCCAGGCUGGCUGUGUUUGGGGGGGUGCUCUCACAGUGAGGGGCCAGGCUGGCAGUGUUUGGGGGGCUCACUCAGUGAGGGGCCAGACUGGCAGUGUUUGGGGGGCUCACUCAGUGAGGGGCCAGGCUGGCCGUGUUUGGGGCUCACUGCGAGGGGCCAGGCUGGCUGUGUUUGGGGGCUCACUCAGUGAGGGGCCAGACUGGCAGUGUUUGGGGGGCUCACUCCAGUGAGGGGCCAGGCUGGCUGUGUUUGGGGUGCUCACUCAGUGAGGGGCCAGGCUGGCUGUGUUUGGGGUGCUCACUAGUGAGGGGCCAGGCUGGCUGUGUUUGGGGGCUCACUCAGUGGGGGGCCAGGCUGGCUGUGUUUGGGGGGCUCACUCAGUGAGGGGCCAGGCUGGCUGUGUUUGGGGGGCUCACUCAGUGAGGGGCCAGGCUGGCAUUGUGGGCACUUCCUGUGUGAGGCGGUGCGGAAGGAUCCUGCUUCUCAUACAGUGCAGUGAGCGUGCUGCUGCUCGGCGCUUCCUGUAGGCUGCGGAAGGAUCUCGUGUUCCCCCGCCCCUUGCACACACACAUACACACGCACUGUGUGCCUGGAUCUCCGCUUCCUCCUCCUCUCCUGCUGCCGCCGCUCUGACUCAAUGUGAAGCUGAACCUCCCGACAAAAAUGGCGACCUCGCUGCACGAGAGACCCACCAACCAGCUCGAUCUGCUCAUCCGAGCCGGUAACGCAUGCAGCGCGGAGACGGGGGGGGUAUAAUGAGCGUGCACGGCCGGCCCCGGCCCUCUGUGCACGGCGCUGGCUGGCUGCAGGGGGGAGGGAUGCGGCUGCGCACGUUUCGCUCUCGGGGCGCUCUCCGGGGCCAAUCAGGAAGUGAUGGUGGUCGGGCUGGGCCCCCGGGGGCCACGCUCUGCCUGCAGGGAGCCAGCACACUGACUGCCCCAACCAGGAAGUGAGAGAGAGAGCGCGCCUGCUCUGCCACGCUGUGUGCGCUCCAUCCCCGGGCUGCCAGCAUUGUACCCGGGUCACAUGGAGGCCGUGCCGGAGCUAAUCUGCACAGAGCGGGCUGCCAUGCUGGGUACCCGGCCGGGAGGACAUACUGUGAUACGGUUACUGUAUGGGGAGAUUUUAUUUUUAAUGCAACAAAAAAAAAGCCCGUUUAUAGCGGAAGCGCUGAGAUCAAACGGGCUGGGACAGCGUGUGAGUGACAGCGGCCAUCGGCCAAUAGUAUUGGAGGGAAUGUUCGAAAUACAAAAACCGGCCAAUAGGCUGACGGCGGAGAGGCUGGGCUACGGGCCAAUAGGCGCACAGCGCCGCGGUGAUUGGCAGUUAGCCGUGAGCUCACAAUGCGGAUGGAAUUGGAGGGAAGAGUAGAGAUGUAAACACGGAAGUGAGGGGCGGGGCUUACAUUGGGCACCUGGGCUGAUCUAGCUUGAUAGACACGUGCAGCGCGCACUCAGCCUGUCCAUAGGGGAUAAUACAUUAUCACACAGGGCCCCGGAUACAGUGUUAUUAUUAAUGGGAGACAAGGCAUGAUUACACAGGGCUCCAUACAGUGUUAAUAUUAAUGGGGGACAAGGCAUGAUUACACAGGCCUCCAUACAGUGUUAAUAUUAAUGGGGGACAAGGCAUGAUUACACAGGCCUCCAUACAGUGUUAUUAUUAAUGGGGGAUAAUACAUUAUUACACAGGGCCCCGGAUACAGUGUUAUUAUUAAUGGGGGAUAAUACAUUAUUACACAGGGCCCCGGAUACAGUGUUAUUAUUAAUGGGGGACAAGACUGAUUACACAGGGCUCCAUACAGUGUUAUUAUUAAUGGGGGACAAGACAUUAUUACACAGGGCCCCGGAUACAGUGUUAUUAUUAAUGGGGGACAAAGCAUGAUUACACAGGGCUCCAUACAGUGUUAAUAUUAAUGGGGGACAAGGCAUGAUUACACAGGCCUCCAUACAGUGUUAAUAUUAAUGGGGGAUAAUACAUUAUUACACAGGGCCCCGGAUACAGUGUUAUUAUUAAUGGGGGAUAAUACAUUACACAGGGCCCCGGAUACAGUGUUAUUAAUGAGGGACAAGACUGAUUACACAGGGCUCCAUACAGUGUUAUUAUUAAUGGGGGACAAAGCAUGAUUACACAGGGCCCCGGAUACAGUGUUAUUAUUAAUGGGAGACAAGACUGAUUACACAGGGCCCCGGAUACAGUGUUGUUAUUAAUGGGGGAUAAUACAUUAUUACACAGGGCUCCAUACAGUGUUAUAAUUAAUGGGAGACAAGACUGAUUACACAGGGCCCCGGAUAAAGUGUUGUUAUUAAUGGGGAUAAUACAUUAUUACGCAGGGCCCCGGAUAAAGUGUUGUUAUUAAUGGGGGACAAGGCAUGAUUACACAGGGCCCCGGAUACAGUGUUAUUAUUAAUGGGGGACAAGGCAUGAUUACACAGGGUUCAGGAUACAGUGUUAUUAAUGGGGGACAAGGCAUGAUUACACAGGGCUCCGGAUACAGUGUUAUUAUUAAUGGGGGACAAGACUGAUUACACAGGGCCCCGAUACAGUGUUGUUAUUAAUGGGGGACAAGACUGAUUAAACAGGGGCCCCGGAUACAGUGUUGUUAUUAAUGGGGGGACAAGGCAUGAUUACACAGGGCUCCAUACAGUGUUGUUAUUAAUGGGGGACAAGGCAUGAUUACACAGGGCUCCAUACAGUGUUGUUAUUAAUGGGGGACAAGGCAUGAUUACACAGGGCUCCAUACAGUGUUGUUAUUAAUGGUGGGACAAGGCAUGAUUACACAGGCCUCCGGAUACAGUGUUAUUAUUAAUGGGGGACAAAGCAUGAUUACACAGGGCUCCGGAUACAGUGUUGUUAUUAAUGGGGGACAAAGCAUGAUUACACAGGGUUCCGGAUACAGUGUUAUUAUUAAUGGGGGACAAAGCAUGAUUACACAGGGCUCCGGAUACAGUAUUAUUAAUGGGGGACAAAGCAUGAUUACACAGGGUUCCGGAUACAGUGUUAUUAUUAAUGGGGGACAAAGCAUGAUUACACAGGGUUCCGGAUACAGUGUUAUUAUUAAUGGGGGACAAAGCAUGAUUACACAGGGUUCCGGAUACAGUGUUCUUAAUGGGGGACAAAGCAUGAUUACACAGGGCUCCAUACAGUGUUAAUAAUGGGGGACAAAGCAUGAUUACACAGGGCUCCAUAUAGUGUUAUUAUUGGGAGACAAGGCAUGAUUACACAAGGCCCCAUACAGUGUUAUUAAUGGGAGACAAAGCAUGACCACACAAAGCCCCAUACAGUGUUGUUGUUAAUGGGGGACAAGGCAUAAUUACACGGAGCAUGUACAGUGUGAUAAUGGGGGGCAAGGCAUGAUUACACAGAUCCCCAUACAGUGGUAUAAUGGAGGGGACAAGGCAUGAUUACACAGAGCCCAGUACAUAGUCACGAUUACACACAGCUGUCCAGUUAGUGUUUCUGGGGCUCACUAUUGAGCAGUGUGUUGGUGACACAUGAUCUGUCUUAUUUCCGGAUCAGAUAAUCAGCUUAGGUGUUAGUGUGUGUGGAUUUAUUGGCAGUGUUUAAUUUAAUUUUUUUUUUUUUACUAUUACUGAAUACAUGAAUGUGUGAUCUAAUCUAUAAACUCUGAACAGUAGCUUGUAUUUUUGCUGUCUGUUAAAUAUAAAUAUGCAUGCACUUAGAAAUGUUUCAGUAAUAGGAUUUUUUGGUGGGAGAGGCUUAUUAUUUACAGUAAUUGUUGAAGUUUUAUGGGUUUUACACACAUAGGAAUUUAUUUGGUUAAUCUGCCAGCGACUAUUUGCAUGUCAGGCUAGAAACUCUGGGAUAGUUGACCACAAAACUCAAGAAUUAUGUUACCACAAGCAGCUAUUUGAAGAAAAGAAAAAAAUUAAUGCCCAAUGUUCAGUGUGUUUUAGAGACUUGUUUCAAACACUAGAUUUGGUUAUGCCACUAAUAAACCUAUGGUUUUUAUACAUAUACUGGUUAUAACCUAUAAAGCAUGUGUGCUGAAUAUCCUAGUACUUUAUAACAUCUCUGUGGAGUUGAGUGUUUGUACAUUACACAUAUAAUACACUUUGUGUACCACUGUUUUUAUGUUUCUAAGAGCUUUUUAUCUGGAUCUGGACAUAUCUCACAGUUGUUUGGGAUAAAUAAUUUGCGGUUGUUCGGUGCAGGGAAAAGUAUGAAAUUUACAAAAAGUUGUUACUUUUGCCAUGCCAAACAAAUGUCUGAAACUUUUUAGGAUAGUUUAAUAUUUAUAGCAUUUUCCUGUUUUUUGAAAAUUUUUAUAUUUUGUAUAGGAUAUUAUGAAAAGUAAAAAAAAAAAAGGCUUUAUACCUAUGCAAGAAUUAAAUGUGCGUUUAAUUUUACAUUGUCCACCAUGUUUGUUUCUCCGUUUUAUUUUCCAAAAAGAUAAAUAUUCUGUGUUCACAUGCAAACUCUCCAUUUAUUAAUCUAUUGUGUUAAAACUCAAAACACUUCCUUUACAAUAAUGGAUGUAAAGUUCUGGCAUGCUUGGAAGUUAAUUGACCAUCACAGCUCCAGGCUAGGGAUAUCCGGAUUUUAGUGCACAACAUAAUGACCCCCAAGGCUACACAAAUCCCAGUAGCUAGGUUGUCAUUACACCUACAAGGUUGUGUUCCCCUUAAGGUCGCCUUUGUUCAUUUGUAGACUAGCAUAGUUUUCUGUAGGUUAUUGGAGUUUUGCUUUUAACUCCUCUGAUCUUGGUAAACAAACUCAUGGGGAUUUGGAAGCAGUCAGUUGUGAAGUUCAGGUGAAGCGGGGGGGGGGAGGGGGGUGAUUUGUAAAAGUUACCCAUCCACACAUUGUAAAAGGUUUUUGGUUGUGAUAGAUAUAGAUAUAUAUAUAUAUAUAUUAUAUCAUCUGUGCUUUGUGAAUAACCCAGAGAAUUUCUAAAAGCCAAAACAACAACAAACGUGGUUGGAUGUGUAGCUGAUUUGGGUAAUUUUUCUAGUUCAUCUGUUUUGAAAUUCAGUAGAAUUCCUGACAUUUCUCACUUGUGACUAGCACUGUACGUUUAGGAUGCUUUAUGUAUUGCAUGUGAGCACUUGGUUUCAGGCCGCCUCAUGAACACUGGUAUUACAUUUCUAAUUGUAGUCAAUAUAGUGAUCUAAUUUCUUGAUAGUAAACUGGUAUGAAUUUGCUGAACAUUUGUAUUAUUUCUGGCUUAUUGGGAUUAGUGGGGUUAUUGCCACAUUUAAAACUUUGCUUCAUGGCUUGAAUUUUCUGUAUCUUUAAAUUGGUUUCUGAUUUCAUACUCUUUUAGUUAACUUGCUGCCUUAGUGGUGUAUCAUAUUAUCGAGAUAGAUGUGUGAAACCUAGCAGAAGCCAGAGAGGGCUGGACACCCAAAGAGAAUUCAUAAACACAGUUUGUGUAAACUAAUAUAGCACUUUAUCAAGCUUGCUACUUGUUUUUAACUCAUCAUGUAAUUGAUAUCCUUUGAAAUGCAUUAGAUCAUGGGUCCUCAAACUCCGGCCCCCCCAGAUGUUGCUGAACUACAACUCCCAUGAUUAUCUGGCUAUCUAUGUAAUUCAAAGAAUCAUGGGAGUUGUAGUUAAGCAACAUCUGGGGGGCUGGAGUUUGAGGACCCAUGCAUUACAUGAAGGGUAGCCAAAAAAAAGGUAAAAAUCUCUACUGUUGCAGAACAACAUCUCUCAUGUUGCUUUGUCAGCCUUGAAUGCAUUGUUCAAUGAAUGAUAGUUUAACCAUAUAUACACUGUACUACUCUCUCAUCUUUUACUAUUUGUAUGUUAUAUGGAAUUCAGCAUACAGUGUAAAAUGAAUAUAUUUUUUGUUGCAGGUUAUUAUGAUGCAUUAAAGUGAGUGUUGUUAGAACCUUCAUAUCUCAUCCCUUUCUCCCCAGUACGUUUUUGGAAUAGUGAUAACCAUAGAAACUCCCACUAGUGACUGAUUACCAAGAGGAAGCCUGCAUGUUCUUGGCUGCCAUCCAAUUCUGGCCUCAGUUUGAAAAGGCCUUAACUGCUUAUUGUCCCCAACAGAGACCUAUUGGAAGUGGGUGAGAUUCACAAUGCAGUAUUACAGUGUAUCCUGGCUACCCACAGGGUCCAGCUGGAGCAGUGUAACCCCUUCACUUCCAAACUGGCAUGAAUGGCUUAAUACUAUCCACUGGUCUGUAUUGUGUUGAUCCUAAUUAUUGUUACAGUGACACGGAUGUUGUUCAAUGUAUGUCACUAUUUGAGUGUAGACCAAUAAUGUAAGUUCUUGUUUUAUUUUUCCCCUCUCAUUCCUAUAAAUCUUAAAUGUAUGAUUUGAGUGUACAAAAGCUGUAAAGUUAAAGAAAUUAAGAUUUCAAUGCUAUGAAAUUCAAUUGAAGAAACUAUAACCAAUGUACACUGAUGUUUUGAGUUUUUGUUGGAAGCCCAUUAUAUUUGACUGCAGAUUUCCUUUUCCCAUGUUUAUUUCUCAUACUGCAGAUAGUUAUAUAUACCCACACAUCUACACACAUUCCCAUGCACAGUUGUAGAAUUUCACAUUACAUUUUUUUUUCUUUACUGUUCCCACAUUUGACUCUCUAAUUUUGCAUAUGAGUAAAAGGCUUGACAUUUACAAAUGUGCAAACUUAGGUAGAUUAUUUCCAAAUAUGACUCUCUGCUAACCUCCAGGUUUUUUUCUGCUGGUACUUUCUAGUGAUAUAUAUACCUUACAAAUAAACUUGCUGACCAAAUCACUAAUGAGUUAAACAAAUACUCUAACAAAUCAGAUGGCCAAUCAGCAAUUCCCCAUUCACAAAUCUGUCUUGGAAAUGGUAAGUUUCUUUCCAAACCAGUUUUGUGAAUGGGGAGUCACUGAUUGGUUGAGUGUGUCAGCUGACUGCUCUGUCAAUCAGCAGCACAGCGCUCCCUGACUAUGAAAAUUCAGAAGCUGGAUGCUCCCACGUGGGGAGUGGACAUCUCCCCUUUAGGCGACUUAGGGGUUAAAGAGGAACACUAUAGUGACAGGAGUACAAACCUGCAUAUGCAGAGCAUGGAGACACUGAAUGUGCAGCACUGAUCCAGUAAGCACUUUUAGUGGCGGUCUAAGUGACUGUCUCUAGGCAGCAAUGUAAACACAAUAAAGGGCAUGCAGAGACAUGCUAUACACAUCUACAUUAAGCUGUUGGUGUUCUGGUGAUUUUAGUCUCCCUUUCAAUGCAUGAUAUAUAGUGGAGUUUUAAUUUCUUGCUUUCCUGUUUUUUUCCUGUUAAAUUGACAUAAAAUGUAAAUCUUACACAUUGUCAGCAAACAAAGUUUACUUAAAAAGUUAGAGUAAUAAUACGACCUCCUCUAGGAUGCUUGAGUAUUGAGUAAACCGUAAAUAUGCUCUCUGGGUUCAGAAUAGUGAGCAAUGUUGUUGCAAACACUAGUUUAUUCUUCAUAUAAACGCUCCUGUUACUUUAAGCUUGUCACCUAGAAAGGGUUGUAAGGGGUCAGAGCUACAACACUGGUUUUCUGAAUGUUCUGAUAAGCAUCUUCAAACAGGAAAAGCUUUUCUCUUUGAAUUGCCAACCAUUCACAGUAAAAGGAAUAACCUUGUCUUGAUUGAAUUACUCUAUAUUGGUAAAUUUGUACUUAAUUACAUAAUUUUAUUUAUGUGAAUUUAAGAGUAUGUUUUUUUUUUUGUUUUUUUUUUUAUAUCUAUCCUUGGAAAAAGUUGGAAAAUUAACUACAGAUGCUGGCUGCAUGCUUAGAGUUGAUGGGUGGUGCAGUCCCCUUCAGCUUCAUUGUAGGAGAGGUCAUUUUCAGCUCUAAAUGUGCUGUUGUUCAAAUGUUUAAAAAUAUUUUUUUGUUUGUUUUACAUGUGUUUUUGGUUUUGGACUAUAUAAAUGGUUAUUACAGUGGUUGGCUAUAUUAUGCCAAUUUAUUUAGAUUAGCAGAGAGUAUUAGUGGUGUAGUGUGUUACGAUAGUGCGGGGGCAGCACUGAAACAUACAUAUUCUAGUGCUGUUUGAGAAGUUGAGUGACACUCCUAUAUGGCAGAUUUUUCAGCUGCUGUCAUCAACAUAGCGGCAGGGGACGCUUAGGAGUGUAAUUCCCACUAAUGUCAGGUGAGCCAGUACUAAAUUUCCUGGUUGUCGUUGUGAUUAGGACCCGAAAAAAAGAAGCUGUGCAUUAUCCCCCUUUCAUAAUGUGGGAUUAUUGCAUGGAGUUAUUCAUAGCAUUAUUUACCUUUUUUUAUUUCAAGCACCAAGGCAUCCUCUGCACUGCUUACCUUUCUGCAUUCUACAAAAGAGAGGAGCUUUGGAUACCUGAUGCGCGUGCACUGUGUGCACAUAAAACGUUUCCCAUACAAAGACAAUGAAUCAAUGCUUUCCUUAUGAGGGCUUCCAUGUCACAUGACAGGUUUACCUCCUAGAGGAGGAUUUAACUUUGUUUUACAUUACAAGGUUAAAAGGACAGAACCACUGCACCGAGGCUGGUUCAUCUCAGUAAAGUGGCCUGGGUGACUUAAGUGAUCCUUUAAUGGCUUUCUACUUUUUUUUUUUUUUGCUGUCAUAGGUGAUGUAGAAAUCAUUUAUAACUUGAUGCACUGCAUCAAAGGGACACUGUAGGCACUUCAUCUCAUUGAUUAGAUUAUAGUGCCUAAACUCUACUGGCACUGUCCCUCCAUGCAGUUUUUUAAAAAAAAUUCAAGCAAUUUAACACCGAAUAAUGGUUCCAGGUUACUCACAGACACUCCCCUACUGGAUGUAUGGUUAAAGGACCACUAUAGGCACCCAGACCACUUCAGCUUAAUGAAGUGGUCUGGGUGCCAGGUCCAUCUAGGAUUAACCCUGCCUGCUGUAAACUGCUAUGUUUACAAAUGGGUUAAUCCAGCAUCUAGUGGUUGUCUCAUUGACAGGCGCUUCUCACUGUGAUUUUCACCGUGAGAAGACGCCAGCGUCCAUAGGAAAGCAUUGAGAAUGCUUACCUAUGGACUGGCUAAAUGCGUCCGCGCAUUCAGCCGAUGACGACCAAAGGAGGAGAGUCCCCAGCGCCAAGGUGAGUGUUUAACCCUUCAGCCUGGCGGGAGUGGGACCCUGAGGGUGGGGACACCCUCAGGGCACUAUAGUGCCAGGAAAAUUAGUUUUUCCUGGCACUAUAGUGGUCCUUUAAGGCAGAGGUAGAUUACACAAUUUCUUGUAGUCCUACAGAUUCAUGUCAGCAGUGGGCACUUCAGUAGGCUAAAAGCAGUCAGCUGACACUCUCAUGCUAAUGUUUAUUCAAUAUCCAAAACUGCACAGAGGGGAUUGGUUUGCUGGAGAGUCUUGUUUAGAAACAAAUUGAUGCUGAACGCAAGAACAGUGCUAGACUCUAGACACUAUAACCACUUAAAUGAGAUUAAACGGUUCGUAUGUACAAUGCCCUUUUAAACACAUUCAUUCAUAGUCUCUCAACCUCAAUGAGCUGUUUGUAAUUGUGGGGUGAGGGGUGGAGACAAAACAUAUUUACUUUCAAUUUUACCGAUUAAAAAGUUGUAAUAAGAUUUGCAUUAUGAUGUGUUUGGGUGGUCUGCUUCGCUCUGUUGCUGUUCUUGAAUUCCCCUUUGCAGGACACAUAGGCAAGGGUCACCUAAAGAUAGAUAAAAGCAGGCACUGCACGCUGCUUCUUUGGAAAGGCUCUGCUAUGAGCACAUUUCCAUAAAUGGCCAGAGCAACUGGAGAUGGCACCUUGCAGGGAUAGUGGAUGGGGAACAGCAGGUGCUGCCUGGCGCUCAGUCAUAUAACACUAGCAAACUCUUCUCUUGUGUACUGCAUGUCUUUUCCAGUGCUGCAUGGUCCAACAGGGAAUUAAUCUGCUUUUGCAAGGUGCUGUGCUCAAUAUAUUGAUUCAGCUUUUUGGGGAUUUUCAGGGUUUUAUUAUAUGUAUAUUAGUAACAGCAUGCAUUCACCAUAUUUACUUAACUAUGUUUGAAUAAAACCAAACUUUCAUCGCAAUUGUAAAUUUUUAUUUGGAAGCAAUGAGAAUUUGUGCCUGUGUAGUGGGAGUUAUUUGCCAAUUUCUAAUCAUGCCAUCACUAAUCAUUCAUUGUUUUCCCAUUGCAAUAACCACAACUUCUAAAAUAUCAACUUUGCUAGGUAUAUUGCAAGUCCUUGAAAAAUGUACUCAUGGCUUAACAAUUGAAGGGAGACAUGGUUUCUGAAAAUGUUACUGCUGGUACCAGUUUACAUUACCUUUUUCAGUAUACUCCUUUCUAGAAAAAUCAGGUCGACUCACACAACCCACAAGAGUGAUUUCUGGAAUAACUCCUAUCUAGUUAAGACAACAAAAUAUGCUUUGAGGCCUGCUUAAAUCGAAGGGGUUAAAAGCUCUAGACUUGGCAGGAGGUGAUUUUCCUUAUCAUAACUUCACUUGCCAAACUUUGUCCCAUAUCUCUGGAACUCCACACAACUUCCAGCAUUCUCCCUCUGUUUUCAUCAAGUCUUUCUCAAAAUAAAUCUGUUUCUACAGAUAAUACUCAACCUUUUGCUGUUUCAACCUUUAUACUGGACUAGUUCUGUCAUCUAUAUUCAACACCACAAUAUUAUUUCACAUUCUACCUCUACCUUUUAGAUUGUAACCAUGAAGAACCAUCACUGAAUUCAUACAAUUUUCAUUAAAACUCUGAAUUUUUGCAAAUUAAAUCUGAAAUGGUAAAUUUGAAGAUAGAUUUGGCAAACUGUGACUAAUGCAGAAUUACCCAGAGCUAUUUUUGCCUUGGCUUUAUAAUUCAGAUUUAAUUCAGUUAACCCCUGCAUGUUGGCAAGGGGAUAGAUGCUUGACUUUAAAUUUUAAAGGGUUACUCCAACCAUAAUGAUCACUUCAGUGAUUUAAAGUUGUCCUAGUGAUAGGAGUUGGCAUGUGCAGCGUUUCAGCUUGGAACACUGCACAUACUAAAAUGUUUUAAUUCUGUGCCAGGGACAAGUUGCACCCCCAGCAUACGUGACAUUGGCAUCCCAGAACAUAUAUUGCACAGAGCGGUGUGUCAUCAAGAGAAAGAUGGCUUCUCCAUCCCUCCCACUGUGCACUCUCCGUCGUUAGGGGGAGGAGCGAGUGUCUAUACAUACAUAUAUACAUUUUUUUUUUUAAAAUACCACUUCCCUCUCCAGAGCACAUUCGUGUUCUCUGGGCCGAUAAAUUGGACCAAUCGGAGGCUUCUCUAUGAGAAGCUGGUGAUUGGACCAUGGAAGACUCCAGUGACAUCAGAGGAAGCGCAGAAGUCAGUCAUGGGGCUUCACCAAGCACUGGAUUCCAGUUAAAUAAACUUUUUAUUUUGUCGGUUAUGCUUCAGGAGUGGGGUGCCAUGGGUGCUUCUCCAUAUUUUGCACAAUUCAAACCCCCCUCACAUAUUUCACAUGAUCCGUUACCAUUUAAGGUCACAACCGCUAAAUUUAAAAAAAUUCUCCAAGUCAGCUAUGUUUUUCCAUUUUGACUAUUUUGGUCUAAGAUGUGAAAUUCAAUUUAAAUUCUCACAAAGGAUACUCCAGCCACUGAUUGUGUGUAAUUAUGUAAAAAAUGUAUUUGCAAGAUGUUAUUUAUGUGAGAUUUAGAAAGCACUCAAAGUUCAUUUGAUGUCUGUUUGGUCUACUGUAUUCCUUUAAUGCAUUGGUUUGAAAUUGGGUACUCAAGGUUCAGACAAGUACAUCAUUUUCAUUCCUCAACAGUUUGUUGUUUUGUGGAUUUGCCCAGUUAAUGAAGACACUGUUAAGGAUCUGAUUAACUGGUUAACACAGCGGUUCCCAAACUGUGUGCCGCAACGUGCACACAGGGGUGCAGCGGAAUGUUUCCCCGGUGCUAUGAUUAUAGCACCGGGGAAACAUUACUGCUGAACAGGGGUCCGGUUAGGUGCCGUGGUCCUUUAAGACCGCGACCGGACCCCUGCAAUGUCUGACAACUGGGAGGAAAUGACAGCCUGUCACUACCUCCCAGCGUCAUGCAGAGAGACAGCACAGGAGGAGGCAGCCGCAGCGUGACAGGAGCACGAAGAGCUCCAGACCCCUCCCACCAGCAGCAGGACUCCAAGCCACCCCCCUGGCACAUAAAGUAAGCUGACAGGAGGGGGACUGGAGAUAUUUUAAAAAAAUAAGUGUGUGUGUGUAUGUGUGUAUAUGUAUAUGUGUGUAUAUAUAUAAUGCCAGUGUGCUUCUGUGUCUGCACACACAUCUGUGUGUGUGUGUGUGUGUGUGUGUGUGUAUCUGUGUCAUGGUGUGGGCAUGUAUCAAUGUUUGUGUGUAUCUAUGUGCGUGUGUCGGUGUCUAUAUGAAUUUGUGUGUGUGUCCGUGUAUUUAUAUGCAGCUGUGUGUUAAUGUGCAUGAAUAUCUGUGUGUAUGUAUGUGCAUAUAUCCAAGCAAACACCAGCACAACAUACAAGCACACUCCUGCAGUCAAACUCAAAUAUUACAAACACACACCUCUGCAUUCAAACAAAAAAAAUAUACAAAAACACCCCUUCACUCAAACACAAAUACUUCACACAAAUGUACAUCCACAUUUAAAAGUGAACAUUCCAUUCAGACACAGCUCUGCAAUCAAACAUUACAUACAAACACACCCCUGUGUUAAAACCCAAUAACUAUAUACAAGCACUCCUUCAAACACCAACACUGUACAUUACACUAUAGCGCCAGUAAAUGCCACAGCACUGUACAGAUAUACAACCUAGAAAUUUUAACUUGGGGUUCCUUGGGAAAAUACUGAAAUAUUAAGGACGUUUUGAACCUAAAAGGUUUGGAACCACUGGGUUAACAAUUUAUUUUAUUUGUAUAGCAAAUACAUAUUUAGUAAUGUUUCCAAGUUUUUUUCAAAUUCUAAACCCACAAUUAAGAGAUAAGUGUUGCCAGCCUAAAGAGGGGGAUGUGGUGUCACAUUUUAGAAUGCAGGUUCUGUCACUGAUCUAAAUUGCAGUUUUGAAAAGGGAAUCGCCAAGCCAACAUUAUGAAUAUAAUUUGGUUGUCUGUGUAAAAGAUUAAGAAUGGCUGCUUUAGUAAGCCGGAAAGCAAAGUGAUAUAAACCCAUUCUUUGAACAUAAAUAACAUUUAAAAAAAAGCAGAUUUAUUAUUAAAAGUGGUUAUGCUUGAUAUUUUGAUACGGGUAGAAUCAUAUAAAAUUGCAUGUAUAAUGUCACUGAAGUUCCAGCUCUUUCUACAAAUAUAAAGAAUUUGUAGCUCUUCAGGAUAUAAAAUUGCAGUGUCAAUCUGAUAUUUUUGUUAUCAUUGUUGAGUUCACACGCAGUGCUUAUAGUAGUACACUGUUGUUUGAAAGGUGCAUAGAUUUAUGGAUGAGUGUUAUUUAUUCAAUUCCUUCAAAUUCAGUAUUAUGUAAGAUUGCUUUCGACCGAAAAACAAUGUUAGUGCAUAAUGAGAACAUGCAAUCACUGAAAACUGUUGACUCAUUGGUCUCCUAUCUAAAGAAUUAGGUAGUUUAUUCAGUAAAGUGAAUUUUUUUUCUUUCCCCUCUGCCCCCUCUUCUCAACAUAUUACUUAGGAAACCUGACUCUCACCUUUUACGUAAUGAUCCAUUGUAUUGUGAUACAUUCUAAAUAUAUAUUUUAUAUUUAUAUACCUAACACAACAGAUGACUACCGUCUCUAGACAUGAGCACUGCGUUAUUUUAUUUUUUUACUUCUAAUAUAGUGGCUGGGCUUUAAUCAGGAACCUUUUCAGGUCCCAGAGGAGAAAAUUGAAUUUUACCAUAGUAUAAGUCUCUCCUUGUUAUCAGCUGAGUAGCAAAGGGGAACAUAUGCUGCUUCCAACCUGGAGUAUUUUCUCACAUGCAUUAUUUUGCAAACACAACUGCACCCAUUUUUUGGCUAUUUUUUUUUUCUUUGUCAUUAAUUGAAAUGACCUUUUUGUAUUUCUAAUCAUUCUCGUCACCAUCAUACAACAUUUCUGUUUAAAGUGAACUCUUAACGGGUUACGCCAAGCAUUGUGACCACCGCAUUGAUUUGAAGUGUUCCUGGAGUCUGUACAUGCAGUGUUUCACUAUGAAACUAAGCACAUACUGCUGCCGGUGGUGUAUAUACUUUUCAGGCUGUGUCAUUGGGGUUCCCUGUGAAUAUCUUCUCGCCCUCCCUGGUCUCCCUCCACUGAAUUGUUGGUCGAAACAAAUUAACGUUGAUAACAAUAUUAAUAAUUUUCCUGCUGCUGGCAGAUAUAAAAAAGAUGUGGAUUGCUGAUGAAUAACGGUUCUAUAAUAAAGGGGUUUUGUGUAGUGGGGACAUAAUGUGUUAUAGCAGAAAUCAGAGCAGCUUUUCUCACAUGCACAUUCCUCUGUAUUUUGAUGGAUUUAUUGUUGACUCUGUACUAAACUAAAACUUUUUUUUGUUUUGUUUUUUUGUUAGUGGAGGCAUCUGUCCAGGGCAGCAAUGUUCACUGCACAGACAAGACAAUCGAGGCGGCAGAGGCAUUGCUCCAUAUGGAGUCCCCUACCAUACUGCAUGACUCUCGAAGUCCAGGUAACAGUGCUCACAAUUGUAUGCAUAACUCACAAUCAACUGGAAUUAGAUAAAUUUUAAAGCCAUGGGUUGUAUGUUUUGUCUCAAAGAAUGAAAAGUGUGUGUGUGAUAUGUAUGUAUGUGUGUAUAUAAAUUUUAUAUGUAUAUAUCUAAAUAAAGUGUUUAACACUAGUUAAUAAGCAGCUCAUUUAUGAUUUGUACAUCUAAUAGUAAAAUCAAGCACAUCUUAGAUAAGCAAUACAUAAGCAACAUCCAAAGGUAAAAACAAUGAAACACCCAAAUAACCAAAGCAGAGAGGCAAUUGACUACCUGCACACAUCCAGACUGAAAUUGAAAUGAACGUAGGUAUCCAGAUAAGGUCUCACUAUAGGCACCCAGACCACUUCAGCUCAAUGAAGAAGUCUGGGUGCCAGGUCCAUCUAGUGUUAACCCUGCAACUGUAAACAUAGCAGUUUCAGAGAAACUGCUAUGUUUACAUUAAGGUUAAUCCAGCCUCUAGUGGGUGUCUCAUUGACAGACGCUAGAGGCGCUUCUCACUGUGAUUUUCAUCCAGCGGCGGAUGAUGUCGGAAGAGGUAGGAGAGUCCCUGGCGCUGUUGAAAGGUAUGAAUUUAUCCCCUUCCUCCCCCUUCAGCCCAGUGGGAGGGGGGCCCAAAGACCCUAUAGUGCCAGGAAAACAAGUUUGUUUUCCUGACACUUUAGUGGUCCUUUAAGUAAAACUGACUCUUACCAGUUCUUGCUCAAUACAAGGAAUAAAGCAUCUAUAGCUGUGACUAAAUCCAAUAUUCAAUCUGGGAAUGUAGAAAACUCUGCCUUCCGCGUUUACACAUUUUAUUCAGUUCCAUGAACUUUCUCAAGACACAUGCACAGUCAAUCGGGGACAUGCACAGUCAAUCAGAGAAACUGCUAUGUUUACAUUUGGGGUUAAUCCAGCCUCUAGUGGCUGUCUUCCGGACAGCCGCUGGAGGCGAAUUUCGGCUCCAGUGACGUUGGCGGGGGAGGAGAGGUCACCAGCGCCGAGGGAGACUACUUACAAACCUAUCCAUAUUAACCCUUUAGUUCCCCCCCCCCAGUUUCACCAAUGAAAAUUAAUGGCAAUUGACAUUACAAAAAUAGCAUGUUAUUGAAUUCCUGUACUUGCUAAAUCUGAUCUUUAAAUUCCUAGUUUGGGGUAGGUUUAAUACUUAUUUAACACGGGGUCCGCUGGGCACCAGUCACUUCCACCAUUGAGAGUUGGAAACCUGUAGCUUCUAUUAGAUUCACUUAUUAAGACCUGCCAUAGAAGACCAACUUAUUAUUGGUGCCCUGCACAGCUUUACUUGGCUCAUUGCUUAGCGCUUCCAGCUCUUAUAGUGUAGGUGAUAGAUGCCCAGCGCACCCUAGGUAAAUUGUGAAACCAUUAGUGAGUGGUGCUUGGAAUGUUCCUUUAACAAACUCAAACUCAGCCCAUUACCUCAACAUUCAUGUGAUUCCGAUUUUUGAUUCUUUUUAUUUUUUUUUCCCCACUACCUUAUUUGUUGCAAAUAGGUGACAGUCCAUACCGCUCCUUUUAAAAAAAAAAAAAAAGUAUGAGUUCCAAGUUGUUAGGAAAAUACCGCCUUAGAUGGAAGCUUUUUCUGAAUGUGUGAUUUAACACCGCUUUUCUCGGUAACUGCGACCUGACAAAAAGAUCUUUUGGAAAGAUGAAAAGUAGCCAGUUAUCUUAUUCUCCUCCUGUGGGAAACCACAGAAGGGGAAAAAAUGUGUGGUAGACAAUAACCCAUAUAGUAAAUUAUAGAACAUUGCUGAAAAGCUUACUCUUAUAUUUAUAUAAGUACAAAGUAUAAUUCUAUAGUUUAAAACACUCAGCUAAAAUUCAGAUUCAUUAAGAUUUAUUUAAUGUCAUGUAAAGCAAUAUAGCUUUGUUUAUAAACUGCUUGAGUUUCUGUGCUGAUUAUUCGUUGUCACUAGUAGAUUGUGUCAGUGGCAUAAGGUUGCAAUGGUACUGGGAAUGUUGCCAAGACAUUUUAGGCAGGUGAUGUUUGACAUGUUGGUAAUCAAUAGCAAUGCCUUGGCAAGAGGUCAUGGUCACCAACAAACAGCUGAUUGUCUGCACAGCAUUUCCAAAUGUUUCUGUACUGGGGAUGGGGUUAGCAGCUGGUAAAUCUUGACCUUACUAGUCACGUAAGCUACAGUUUUUUUUUUGUUUUUUUUUUGUGGAAGGUAAAUUGGUCUCUUAUUUGAUGGAUCAUAUUAUGAUCUAAACGUUACAAAAUUUUAUCUAUGAAUUUUAAAUGUUACUGCCAUGUUUCAUAUCAAAGUUGUUUCCUCUCAAGUGAUGUAAAAUGCUUGUGUAUGAAGGCUUUUGGUCCUCUUACAGAGAAAAAUAUAUCCUACUUUAGACUCUGCAGUUUAAUUUUCAAGUGAAGAAAUAGGAGGUGCAGUUAUCCGUUGGGUUUAGAAUGAAUUUAAUGCGUCUGGUGAUUGCAGUGGACUUGCUCAUUGAGUUUUGAAUGCAUUUCUAACUGUCCCUUCUCUAUUCUUUCUCUAUAGUGGACAUUUAUACAUCUACAUGUGUCUCUACACCAGAGUUCAUUCACGCCGCCAUGAGGCCUGAUGUAAUCACUGAAACAGUGGUUGAAGUUUCCACGGAGGAUUCUGAACCAAUGGAUGCCUCUCCGAUCCCUGUGACUAUCGAACUUGGAGAACCAAUGAAAAAGAAAAAAGGUACAUUCCAUUAGUUUUAAGCUCGCUAUCUGGUUUUGUGUAUAAAUUUGGUAUGACAAUCAAUUAGCCAUGAAACACAUUCCAUGAUUUAAAGACCGAUAUUCUACAUUAUCUUUACGUUUUUGUAAGGUGACCGCAAACACUACUAUUUGAAAGGUGCAUAUUUAUAUUGUUUUCACUGUUUGUGGGUAUUUGUGUGCAUUGCACCCAGUCCACUUUGUGUUAGUUUGUGGUCUGGUGCCCUUUAGUGUCCCUUUAAUAGUUUAAAGUGCUGAUUGAAUGUUACCAACACAAUAAUGCGCUCUACAAGAAAUGAACAAUACACCGUAACAUGUUGCUGUUUACUUGGUCAACAUUGUUCAGUUUUUGGGUCAGCGUUACUGUCAAGUAUAUAUAUCAGAUUUGAUUUAUCUCCAACCUUUUCAAUUCUACAGCUGGUAGGAAACCAAAGAUUCAGCAAUCUUUUCCCAAUGGGUCUCCGGAUUUGGGAAUAAAGAAAAAACCAAGGGAAGGAAAAGGUAAAGUUUCAAACAUUUUAUCCACUGUAUUUGAUUCAUAUCUAAUAAAAGUAACACUCCAUACUGGCAGUGAACCUACCAACAAACGUGUAUAUAAAAGUCCCAGGAUUUUUGCUGCAAACUGACAAUCCAUUCAGUGGAACCCAGUUGAUAUGCAUCACCGCCUCCCAUAGGGAAAAAAAUGUUUAAAAGAACCAUGAAGUGGCAUAUCACCGGUUUCAAAAUUUCCACUCACCUUUUAACAAGUUUAAGUUGCGACCUGGCUAGUAGAAAUUCACCCAGUUUGAUUGUGCCAUGAUAACUCCAGGCGUGCAGUGACAAGUAACAUUUGUAGGACUUUCUAGUAGUGUACAACUUAGAGUUCUGAUCUAGCCUAUAAUCAGGGUGAAGUACUAUUGUGCAUUUGUGUACACAACAAUGACAAUAAUAAACAAGAUAACAUGACAGGAGUUCUAAGCAAAGAACAUUGGUAGCUAUGUUGCUUGUAAUUGUCCUUUUAAUUUGUAUGUCCUCCAUCCAUUCAGCCUAUUAUUUGUAUUUUGAUAACCAUGUGUUGCUGUUUUGAUUUUUAGGGAGCACAACAUAUUUGUGGGAGUUCCUAUUAGACCUGCUUCAGGAUAAGAACACAUGUCCUCGAUACAUCAAGUGGACUCAGAGAGAGAAAGGGAUCUUCAAGCUAGUGGACUCUAAGGCUGUCUCCAGACUUUGGGGGAAGCAUAAGAACAAGCCAGAUAUGAACUAUGAGACAAUGGGACGCGCUUUAAGGUAGUGAAUCCGGGAUUAAACAUGUUAAAGUUGAAAUGUUUCCAUUCCAUGCUAUAUUUUGGGCAACAUUAUAUUGCUUCUUAUGAUGACUAGUCUAUAAAACAUUGGCUUUGCAAAAAUGUACUUGUGUAUUGAAUAGAACGUUACUGAAAUUAAAGUUCUUGUAACCCACAGUAUUCAAAGUUAUACUAGGUAAUUAUUCAUUGGGUUUCAAAUAGGUAGUCACUCUAAGAACAGUGAAAAUCUUUGCAUCAUUUCAAACACUAUGGUGCAUUGUGUCCAGCUUCCUGUUCAGAGUGGAUUAUAAUUGCUGCAAUUAGCAAAACCCCUGUAGCUGUAAGACUUCCUUAUGGAUCAGUGAUGUCAAAUGAGAAAAUGUACUUGUCUUUAAACAUAAGCCGUCCAACUUGUGUAUAAGCAUUGCACAUGCAUAUUUGUAGAAAGCCCAAAUUGGAGCUUCUCAUAGGUAAUUGUUGCACACAGCCCAGUGUUCAUUUUAACAGUUUGCUUUCCAGUGGCAGAAACUGCACAUGCCACUAGUCAAACAGCAGACAGGAUGUUUGGGGGUCCAGUUUUGUAAGUUUUCAUAUUAUCAUAAUUUUCCUGAACUUCAUCAAAACAUUACAGCAAAUUCAAGCAGAAAACAUUACUUUUAUGGUAGUUAAUUCUUUUAAAGGAAUGUGCAAAAUUAAAGCAAGCUUAUUUUCAUAGUGUAAAAUUGAGCCUGUCUACAAUUUGCAGUUGAAUGGCAUAACUAUAUAAUAAUUUAUUUUGUAGCUGGGGAGUUACUGAAUUAGAUUCUUCUGCCCAGGAGAGAUGAUUUUUUUUUCUUGUGUAAUGUGUUGGGUUAUGAAGCAAAGUGUUUCAUAAUUCAUAGGAGAUAUGUUUGUUUAUGAAUGAAAAUCCUAAUUUAAAACACUACAUUGCUAGAACACUAGUUAUACAUGAUGACUUUUCUAUGACUGGCUUGUUUUUAUACCAUAUAAAUUAAUUUGCAGGGUAUUCAGUAUGUGUCCAUAAUUGCUGUGGCUGUAAGUUGCUAUGUCAGUUGAUUAAAGCCAGCUGUGUAAUGAAAUGUCAUUCUAUUACCCUGCAGGUACUACUAUCAAAGAGGGAUCCUUGCAAAAGUGGAAGGACAGAGGCUUGUGUACCAGUUCAAAGAGAUGCCCAAGAACAUUGUGGUCAUUGAGGAUGAUAAAGCAGAAUCCAGCAGUGAAGAGGUUGUUUCCCCGGCAGAUGAAAAGUCUCUGGAACGAGUGUCUAUUCCCACAGAGAGCAUCCUGAAAAUGGCAAUGCCUGGCCGAUUGGAAAAAAGUCAUAUUCAGCAGAAUUCCAGGAAGCCCAGAUUUGUCAGCUUAAAUUCACCUGGGAAUGAGUCAUCCCCUAAUUCACCCACCAGCACCACACCAACAGGAACUCAAAGGUCUGAAUCUGAAAUCUUACUUGCUAUAAAGCAUUCCUUAUCAACAGAGCAUACAAUUAUAGUUUUUUUUUUUCCUCAACAUCCCCUUGAGUACUGAUGGAAAGAUAGGAUCUUCCUUUCUAAGGUGCUGACUUAAUAAAAAAAUUAAUUCCUCCUCGUAAUAAGGUUGUGGAGGAGGGGUUGUUCUCCUGUCAAAAUAGGUAGGACUUAACUCCUUAUUAGUCUCCUUCUGAGUUUUUCAGGCGUUACACAUGCACCGCAUGUGUACACUGGUCAGCAGUAUCUCAGGCCAAAAUGCUUUAGUGUGUCUAUCCCCAAGUUCAUAGACUCCCCAGCAUUGAAUUCAUGCUUUUCUAUUCUGGCUGCAACAGGAAGAGUCACUGGAGGGGUGUUAAACCCAGUAAUGUAAACAUUGAAGUUUCUCCAAAACGACAACGUUUUACAUUCUAGGUUUAAACCUAUAGGGCCACUGCACCCAGGCUACUUCAUUGUGAUGGCUUUAGUGGUCCUUGAGUCUCCAUUUUAUUGACCACCAUGUAUUAAAGAAGAUUCUGCCUGGGGUCUGUUUUAUUUUGGAUGGUAUCUUUAAAAUAGACUUCCUGGCAACUUUAAAGAUGCUUUUAUUUUUUUAUAGGUGACUGGAGCAACAUAAUUCUUAGUUUUAUAUUUUUAUAGAUCUACUUUCCUGAGGUUUACUGCUAGCUCCUCCAAUUAACGUAGUUGUCAGUUGCAUGGAUCAUAAUGAUAAGAUUUGGAAUUUGGCAGCUAUUCUUACCCAAACUCAUUUAAUUUGCCGUUUGCGCUUUGAGUUUACUGGAAAAAAUUAUAUUAUGUCAAAUGAAAGUGUUACUACAAGCAUCAUAACCACUGCAGCCUGCUGUAUGGUUAUGAUGCCAGAAGUACCGUGUCCUUUACUGUUAAUGAAGCAACAGUUUGCCCUCCGUACCUGGGUCCCUGACGGACCCCAAGGCUCUUUCAUUUCUGCUGACGAUACUCUGCAGAGUUGCGUAAGCUGAUGCAAUUGCUAUCCAUUGGCUGACCACUGUUAACCCAUAAAUGGCACACUGACAAUUUGCACAGAAUUGACAUAAUGGAGCCCAGAACUCUCGUUGGUUACAUCUCCAGCAGCAAAGGGGAUGAACGCCAUAAGUGCCAUGCACAGACAGACUCCAAGAACCAUGACCACUUCAAAUCACUGAAGUGAUCAUGGAGCUUGGAGGCUUUAAGAAAAGUUGAGUGUGUUUGCUAGGAAUAUAAGCCUCUUUGCCUGAUAAGGAAAGUUUAUGCUGCAUUGCUACAAUUACUGUUGCCAUAACGAGAAGAGAAUAUAUGUGUGUGUGUAUUACUGCUGCAAAAUAAAAUUGAAAUUAAAAGGUUUAAGGAUGGUCAUAUGAAAUAAUUACAUAGGGAAUUGGCUAGUAGAAGAUAAAACUGAUUUUAAAAAAAACAAACCUGAAAUUGCUCUCUUAAAGGAACACUAUAGGGUCAGGAACACAAACAGGUGGGCCCCUCAUGCCUCCCUAAAUAUAGCAAAAUCUUACUUGUAUUUAAGCCUGAAACUGUAACUCUGCAUGCUGUUUGCCUUAAAAUAGCAAGCUAUCUGCUGACAUCAUCAGAAGUGGUGGCCUGAUCCAAUCACAGUGCUUCCCCAUAUGAUUGGCUGAGACUGACAAUGAGACAGAUCAGGGGCAGAGCCAGCACAAUUCAAACACAGCCCUGGCCAAUAAGCAUCUCCUCAUAAAGAUGAAUUGAAUCAAUGAAUCUCUAUGAGGAAAGUUCAGUGUCUGCAUGCAGAGGGAGGAGACACUGAAUGUUUGGAUGCAUUUUAGGCAGCCAUGACCCAGGAAGGAUCUGUAACAGCCAUCCAAGGAGUGGCCAGUGAAGUUAUCACUAGGCUGUGAUGUAAAUACUGCCUUUUCUCUGAAAAGACAGUGUUUACAGCAAAAAGGUAAUGAUUCUACACACCAGAACAAAUUCAGUAAGUUGUAGUUGUUCUAGUGACUAUAGUAUCCCUUUGAUGCUUUCGUAAAGAAAAGUUGGAUAUUAUGUAGGACCGUAAUUUUCUUUUACACUUUUAGUUAAUAAAGCUGUAUUUUUUCUUUUCCUGUCAUAGAACGGUCCGGGUGGCAAUGCAAGUGCCUGUUGUGAUGACUUCUUUGGGACAAAAAAUAUCCACUUUGGCCGUCCAGUCGAUGAAUCCAGGGUCUCCGAUAAUGGCCAACACAAGUCCAACAACCACAUCAGCCCCAAAAGUAGUGAUCCAGACAAUUCCCACAAUGUUGCCAGCAUCCUCAGAUAGCGACAAGUACACCAUGCAGCCUGCCAAAAUCAUCACCAUCCCGACCUCUCAGCUCACCCAGUGUGCACUGCAGGCAAAACCUAGUUUGAGUGGGUCUGGCCAAGUUAAUCUGGUUGGAACCCCUCUAACCGUGAGAGCACUUACUCCUGUAUCUAUAGCGCAUGGCACACCAGUAAUGAGACUAGCAAUGCCAGCACAGCAAGCCAGAUGCCAGACUCCUCCUAGGGUUAUUAGUACGCUGUUCAAAGGACCUGACGUGAAAUCAGAUGGAGAGCUGAAAACGUACCAGCUGGUAAAAGAGGAAAAACAGACAGAAGGGGGUAAAACUGUUACACAUGUUGUGGUUGUUAGUACCCCGUCUGGAAUCACUUUGCCAGUGACUGUAAAGCAAGAAGGGGAUGGUAGUCGGUGAGAAGUACGGAAAUGGGUCCAUCGAUGUAUAGUGAGCUUUGGGUCAAACUGACGUUAAAAACUGAAAGGACAUUUAUUUUUUAUUUUUAAAUUUUAUUUUUAGGAAAGAAGUGUUUGAGUCUAAUGGGACGUUAAAGGGACAUUAUUCUAAAUGUGGAGUUGAAAUGAAAUGGCCUUUACUGGAAUGUGGAUAACAUGCCCAUAUUUUUUGUGGGAAACCUGUUCAUAUGCUGAUGGGAAUUUUGCUUAUUACAAAAUAAAUUUAAAUUGACAUCAAGGAUAAAGAAACUGAAAGGGACCAAAGCGUUCAUUUAUAUAUAUAUAUGUACAUUAUUAUUUUUUUAGGUUACACUAAAUAGAACGUGGAACACUAAAAAUAACUGCGUGCGGCUGUUUAUCCUGAAAUGCAAAGUAGAUGACCAGGUCAAAGUGGCAAUUGUAAAUUGUAACACUUUUUUGCUUUUUUUAUUUUAUAUUAUGUGUGUGUAUGUAUGUAUGU